AUGAAUGAGACCUGGAAAGGAGCAAUUGCCUGCCUUGGGGUAGCUGUGUUCUUUGUGAUGACUAUUGGGAUUAUCUACUGGCAAGUGGUGGAUCAGCCAAACAAAAAUUGGAUCCUGAAAGGGAAUGCCAGUGGUCUUAUUUGGGAAAGAAAAGCUCAUUCCCUCAUCCUGCAGACUCUGAGUGAGGACAAAACUUUCCUGGAGAUUCACAUGGGAAGACUCUCAGAUGUGGAGGUACCUUUAAUGAAGAAUCUGUGUUGGAUAAACAAGACGGAAUUCUGUUACACCUGGGAAGCCACCGCACAUUUGAAUAUCUCCUUGGAGUCCAGCCUUUCUUCCAACAUGGAGUGCUACAGCAUCGGUUGGACGCCUCUGCACUGCCAGGUUAAGAUCAAGGUAAUUAACUACAGCCUCAGUUUAUUUCACUAAAUAUUAUGCUCAUGUCGCAUUCCCAACAAACUUUACAGAGUGUGAACAUCAACACUGAUAAAGAUGCCAGUAAUAUCCAUGCUAAUCAAAACAAGCAUUGACAUCUUAAACUUGGUCCUUGCAGUAAAUGUAGAUUUGCAUUUUUUGUUGUUGCCUAUUUAUGAAAAUCCUGGUUUUUUAAGGUAAAAGUUCAACCCCCUAAAAGAAUCUCCAGGAUCCCUUGGCAAAUACCAAGAUAUCUGCAGACAAAGAUAAAAUUGCAAGAAUACAAAGGUAAAUCAGCCAGCUAAAUCCAAAAUCAGUUCUAGCUCUGCACCAUUGUAGUGUUGUGUAUAACCAGAGAGUGGAAGAACCACCUUUCUAAAAAUGAACCAAGUAAUACCUAAAAUCAUAUCGGUCUCUGAAAAUUGCAAGCUAAGAAAGUUCCCUUGCCACCAUAGUCAUGACAUAACUUAUUAUUAUUAUUUAUCAUGGAAUGACAGCAGGAGUCUUCAAAACAGCUUUUUUUCUGUGCUCCAAAAAAGGAGGGGGGGUGCUUUAUAAUUCUUGGGAAAGUAACAAAUCUAUCUGCGCCGGCAUUGAAAUCUAAGAACUGUGUUUCUCUCUGGAUAUACUGAAAGCUGGAUAGGAGUGUUUUGGCAUCUCCUGCAUGUAUGAACUUCUUACAACAAUAUAGGAUUUGGGCAGCAGUCCCAGGCAUAUGAAACAUCCCACUAAAAUGCGUAGGAUUUUCCUCCAAGUAAAUAUGUUUAUGAGUCAGCAUUAAACACAUAUUUUAUGGACAGGAUUUUGCAGCAAUAUCUAGAAAUUUAUUUAUUCUUGCACUUGGCUUUUCAGCCUCAACCAUUUCAGGAUCUGAGACACGUUGAAAAAUAUUUAUGUGGACCUAUUGACAUAUAAGAAAUUAGAACAAUUCAAAAGAAUGUGAUCCUAAGCUGACAUACUUGGUUGGAAGUAGGGGUAUUUUCUUGAGCGAUGUAAAUAACUCUCUUGAAUCAGGAAUGCACCACUCAUUGGCAAUGCUAAUGCAGGAAUGCUUUUAAAUAAUAUUUUUUUAAAAAAAUAAAGAUACAUUUAAAAUACAAAUAACAGAAUGUACAUUCCAGCCAAAUGAGGUUUUAUUUUGGAAUUAAAGACAUAGGAAAUGCAAACCAACUAUCUUGAAUGAACAGUUUUUUAAAUCAGUGGGUGAUCUGCUUGCUUUGACUAUCUGACCUAUUUUUGCUCUCAGUGCACAGCAUAUGCCUUGUUUGUUUUAGUUUACUGGUAUGCUAGCAGUACCUGAAAGAAAUUCAAAAUCUGUGCAGUCAUGUUUUCUAUGUAAAAUACAAUUUUUAGUUCAGGAUCUUGGGGAGGAAGAGGCCAGUUAGCAUAAACAGCUCUAAUUAAACCACUCAGUUUUAAGCAUGAGGCUCACACUGGGUCAAAUUCUUUGACCUCAAUUAGGCAUUCUGGUUCAUGCUAGAAUUUCUGCAGACUUUCAAAAGGUUUAGCAAUCAUAGGAGUACCCUAAUCAAAGUCUCAAAAAUGAAGCCAAACCUUUUUCAGAGAUUCAUAGAUUGAAUUGAAAGGACCUUGCCAUAGCUUUGUGUUAUCAUGGUCCCAUAUAGACUAAGCAUAUGGAACCAAAGACUUCUCAGUUGUACAAUGAUACAGAGAAACUCUUGCACUGAUUGCAUUAGGGGGCUGAGAAUGCCCAGGAAGCAACAUUCAGAUGCAUAUCAAAGACUAAGGAAGAAAAAGCCAGAGUGUCAAACUGGAAACAUGCAAUUGUUUUUUAGGAGAGUUCUAAGUGAUACAAUAAAGGCAACUUGCUUUUGGUCUACACAACAGGCAGGUUUCUUUUAUCCUGCUGUCAUCAUGAUCAAACAGACUUUUUGGAACAUUCUCCACAUCUGCCAAACCUGCUUAUCGGAAGCAGUUGUAGCACAAGUGUGCAUGGUAUAAUCAGUUACGCUCCUUUUCCUCUACUCAUGGAAGGCAAGGGGGAACUGACAUCCAGUUUUGGUUAUAAAAUGGGAAAGCCAAGCCAGAAUUAGCUUUAUUAAAUAUAUUUCAAGACAAAAAAAUGGAUUUACAUAAUAAAGAAUUAACGAACCACUUAUUACAAGUGUCAAGACGCAACAAAACCAGACACUGGAGAGGCAUUUCUGGCACAAUGAUAGACAAUUGGUACAGAACAGUUUGAGAAAUAUGACUAGAAAUCUUCCCCUCAUUAGUGGCUGAUCAACCGUAACUGUGUAAAGGAGACAACAUAAAUGUUAACCCUGAUGCCUUCAAAAACUCCAAAUCCCUUUUGAAAUGUGUCUGGGCUUUCAUCUAAGAGGCCUUGUGCUAUUAGCCAGUGAUUAUGCAAUCACAUGGGAAGUUAAACUUGAUUAUCUCAUUUGUUCAGUGGAAGUAAAUGCUUUUAAAAGGGUCUGUGGCAAACUGAAUAUUUGAGUAAAAAUAACCCCACAGCUGGGUGAAUAAGGUUGGAGCAAGGACAGGUCAUAUGGGCACAAACAUGUACCCUUGCAUAUUUUAUAGAUUUAACCAAGGCUAUUGUUCAAAAUUAUACAUUAGUUUUUCUGUAAUAUUUUGCUUUCUAGGACUGCUUUUCCAUGGUAAAUAUUUCCUGGUAUGGAGGAGCAAGUGUCACCAGCCAGCAUUGGCCUCUGAACAACGUGAGCAUCAAGUCCCAGCCAUUCAUUAUCAGCAACCUUGCCAAAACCCCAGCUGCUUAUGGCUCUGUCUUAGAAAGAUAUUUUUUGGGAUCAACUGGUAAGAGUUGCCUUCCUCGCUUGAUUUCCCAACAUUGUUGACUGUAAAUAGCUUUUCUAUGGCUUUAGUCUUUUCUUUUCUUUUUAAUACAGUCCAACUGAGUGAAAAAUUAAGAAGGUUACUAGGGUUGUAUCUUCUCCAAGAAAGGUGGCUAACUACAUCAAGUACCUGCCUCACUGAUACAGUGAGCAGAGAGUGAUGUAUCAUACCUUAAUAGUUGGAUGGCCAUGGACUCUACUUUACAGAGGACAGUCCUCUGUUUGAAUGGCUGUCUGGUCCAAAUCCAGUUUUAAAGAACCAUAAGAAGGAAGAGUGAGCAGGAGUCUUCAAGCUGUCCACCAACACAGGUCACCUGGCCACAUUCUUUCUCAUUACAGUGAGAUUAUACAUAUAUAAAGUAGCAUAUGCAAGUUUUAUGCAAUCCCAUGCCCUCUUUUUUGUUGACGCAGUUCCUCUUUUUUGCAGUGUGUACACGACCACCUUACUAGUGCAUUGUGCAGCAAUGGUUUCGAAUAUUAGCUUUUGAUGUGGGAAUUCCUCUUACUUUCUUUUCUUUCUGAGGAACAGCUCAAAUUUGCCUUCCUUAAAAAACAAAAACAAAAACUAACCUAACAAAAAAGAAAAGCGAAGAUGUAUGAGGAAGGAUAUGCCCUCCCCGCAUUCCAUUCCCUUUCUACCAGUGCAUUAAAUCCUAGUACAUUAGCCCCAGGCACAUAAAAUUUGAACUGGUUUGUAUUCUAAUUUGUCUAAAAUGUCUACACUGGCCAGGCAAAAUUGCUAGUCAAUUUCCCUUCUGCACCAUAGCUCACAGUAACUUUUUGACGUGUGACAUUAAUAGCAUGGCAGAAUUUCAGAAGACAUGUUGUUGCCACUAGUGUACAGAGCAGGAAUUGCUAACAUGGUGCCCUCCAGAUGUUGUUGGAUUCCAGCUCCCAACAGCCCUAGCUAGCAUGACCAAAGGUCAGAAAUGUUGCUAGUUAAUACUCCAGCAAUAUCUGGAGGACACCACAGUGUUUACCUUUGGUAUAGAGUCUGGGAGCUUCUGUGUCUCUUUGCCAUGUUGCAUUUUAGAAGGACAAGGAAUGACUCUUCCUAAAGGAGGAUAGACCACAUCUCUAGGCUUAGUAUCACCCUAUGAGGAGGAUUCUCUAUCAGGAUCAACAACUUUGGAAGGCCUGGCUGUGUUCAGUUUGGAGAUGCUUCACAAGUCCAUGAUUAAAAGAAGAAAAAAAUCUAAUUACAUUGAUGGUAUUCAAUCAGUUACGAGUUUUUGAUACCUAAUUAUAGUUAUUAGACAUACUAUGCAAUAAGUAAACAACAGAAUGUUUACGAUCUCAGCCAUGAGCAAUAUAACUCGCAGUCUCUACAAGGCUUAUGUGCAUUUGACAACAACAAAAAGCAGAGCCACAUGGAGUCCCUGUUUUAUUCCCUAAAUAAGCAAAUUUGCUAGAAUGUCAACAGCUAGUGUCAAUUUUCUAGGACAAUUAGGAUGGCACAGAGAAAUGUGCACCCUUGGAUGCAGGCAGAGAAGUAUAUGUAGGCUUAUGCCCUUUUGUCAUCAUCUGCACAGAAAUGGAAGUGAGUGAGUUCUGAUUUCUCACACUGGAUUAAAAAAUGAAACUGGAAUUUCAUCAAAUGCAUGACAAAGUAAAGCACAGUCCUAACUGUCUGAUUUUUUUUUUAUACGUUUGUGUGUUUGUUAUCUCUAAAGGAGUGACAGUGAUGAUUGCCUCAGACAUACCCAUCUUCCUCUCAGUAGAGAGGAACAAACACUUUUGCCUUGAGAGUACCCUUGGCGUCAACAUGGCAUCCCUGCAGUACACAGUGUGUGUCAGUCAAAACAUCACGUCUGCCCAUCAGGAAGUGGGAAGCCAGCUUUCAGGACAUCAGCGGAAGCUGCCAGAUACUGACAUACUAAGGUAAGAAAGAUAUCAGAAAAGUGUGGUCUAACAUUAAGCACCCAACCAGCUAUAGGAUGGCAAGAUCUUAAGGGUAUGGGUACAUGCAAAGGUAUAUAACAGAAAUCCAAAAAGGCAGACUGUAAAAUAGUAGUAGUAGUUGGUUUUCUUAUUCCUUUUAUAUAUAUAAAACCCACUUUUAGGUCCAGUGUAAUAUAGUUCUGGCAGCUGCUCCCAGUCACCAGUCUAGCAGCCACAUUCUGAAGUAAUUGCAGUUUCUGAAUCACCUUCAAAGGUAGCUGCACAUAGAGUAUGUUGCAGUAGGGCCAGUCCUGAUUAAUAUUAUUCUAUGAACCUGAGAAGGGAUUUGGGUAGCGCUGUGGUCUAAACCACUGAGCCUAGGGCUUGCUGAUCGGAAGGUCGAUGGUUCGAAUCCCUACGACAGGGUGAGCUCCCGUUGCUCGGCCCCAGCUCCUGCCCACCUAGCAGUUCAAAAGCAGGUCCAAGUGCAAGUAGAUAAAUAGGUACCGCUCCGGCGGGAAGGUAAACAGUGUUUCCGUGUGCUGCUCUGGUUCGCCAGAAGCGGCUUAUGCUGGCCACAUGACCUGGAAAAACUGUCCGUGGAGAAACGCCAGCUCCCUCGGCCAGUAAAGCGAGAUGAGCGCCGCAACCCCAGAGUCAUUCGUGACUGGACUUAACUGUCAGAGGUCCUUUACCUUUACCUUAUGAACCUGAGAAAUGGAAUCAAGUGGGGAAAUUGCAUAUCCUAUUAGACAGGAACAUAAGUUUUCUGCCGACAUGAGUCCCCUCCCUUUUUAAACAUCUGCAGGCAUAUACUAGAUAUGCUGGUUUAACCCAGCUAUUUUAGUUUUGUGACUUCCUUCUCAUCUUGAAAAACCUGUGGGCUAGAUAAUAAAUAAGCGUUAAGCUCAAGCAAGGCUUCUUUCUUUAACUACACCAAUACAGGUUGCCUGUCUGGAGCUAUUACAGAGCAGCAGAUUCUGCUGCCAAGGUGGAGCGAGGAUUAAGAUAUUUCUUUAACAGACUGCAAAGGCAUCACCUCGGGGAGGGGCUAAUCGCUCUCAGUGAACUUUCCACAGUGCUACUUGGUAAUACGGUAUGUGCAUCUUUGGAGGGCACGGGCAAGCUGCAGAGCUAGAGGGCAGCAUUUUCACCCACCCUGUUAAUUCCUCAAAUAUAUAUCUUCCCCAGCAUUCUGCAUUAAAUUGUUAUAGCUAAAGUAUCACUUUUCAAAACCUUAGCCAGCAAACUCCCAUUUUCCAUGUACAGGAGUGUUUUCACAGACUUUGACGACAGCUGGAUUUGGUGUUUGAUAUCACCAGACAAAUAAAAUACAGAGUCCAGUUUUUCAACAGGGGUUCUGCACACCUACUUGGCACACAGUUGUACACACACAUACACGUGCACCAGUAGUCCAAUAUGUCUUAAGCAUAGGAGGCAAUUUUAUAGAUGCAAACCCACAAAUACAGGUGGGUUUUGUGGGUGCACAUUUCAACUGGGAUCUGGGCCAUUGUGUGUGUCUGUGUAUCUUGAUAUGAUUAUAAUAAAACCUCAAAGUGUUUUUUAAAAAAAUAGAAAAAAAUUAUUAUACUUGUCUUAAUUCUCACAAAACUUUAUUGUUUAUCAUCCAUAUCCCUCUGUUAGAUUGAACCCCAAUGAAAUUGGGAAUUGCGGGUAGAUGAGCAAAUCAGCCUAUUUCUGAUCCAUGUCAAUUUCACAUACAUUUAUUCACAUAAAUUAAUAUUUAAAUACUGUAUGUACUUAGGUACAUGUUUUACCACAAAAUAUGUAUUUGAAUACAUGUUUUAUCUAAACAUUUCUCCCUAAAACAUCAUUUUUAUUCAUUUAUUAAACUGAUAACUAUAUUGCAAAAUUCAGGGAAGUGCAAAAUCUGAAGGGCAUCUAUGUUCUGAUUGGUAUUUUAGCUUGGUAAGUGUGUAUUAGGUCAGUUCACUUGCAGACCAAAUAAUAUUUUUGUCCAUCCCUAGUUGGGACUGAUUCCUUAAUAGAUUCCCAUUAACACCAUAUAAAUGUUACUGGACUAUCUCCUAUUUGAAUCUAUCUCCUGUUUAAUCUGACUGUUUAGAUAACAACUGGUGAAUUUAACUUAUUAAGGCUUAAGCUAGUGGGGCUGCUAUUGGCAUUCCAUCUAGGCGCUAACUGGUCCAUAAACCCUUAUCUUCUACAUUCCAGACCAUUCACUGGAAUACUGCAGCAUUGUUCAAGCCAAGGCUAUGUGAAUCUUGUGAGUGGAAGCUCCAUCUAAGCCACUUUGACUUUAAUUACUGCUUUAAGAGCCUUUAUAGCUGUUACCAGCAGCAGGACUGAAGAGCUUUUUCAAAUUAUGCCAAACCCUGUGUGGUGUGGUGCCUUUUUAAACACACACACACACACACACACACACACACACUACUUCCUGCACUUCUGUUUUUUUGUACUGAAGUAUUAAACAGAAGUAGGGUAAGAUUUCUUGGAGAUGUCAUCUGGAGACCAUGUUAAAUAAACAGCAGAGUGUGUUUUACUGUUUAGUCUUACCUUCCAAACAUUAUAGUCCCUGGUCCUAUGACAAAAUCCUUGUCUAAUGGUGCACACUAUUCUCCCUUCUUUCAGGAACACACGUUUUUACCUGUGCUGAGACGAAAAGGGUUGCAUAGUCCAAGGCUUGCCAUGGACUCCUCACUUACAAAACAUCUAAAGCUUUCCAUAACUGUGUCCCCUUUUGCAAGCAUCAACUCCCAGCUUUUUCAAAUGUCUCUACAAGAAGGCAAAGAAGACUUUUGGCUGAGCCGCCACUCUGAAUCUGGUGACUAUUCGGUACAAGUCCCUAAUAUCACCUCUUGCACUUGACCAAUUACCUCUAGAGGUUCCUAGCCUGGAAGGAACCAGUAGGUAUAAGGCUUUCUCGGCUUGCUCAACAUACAUUAGCAGACGUUAAUGAGCCAAAGCACAUGUUAUGUCGGAGAUGUGUGAUUGGAUCCCCCCAGUUGGUAGUACGUGAGACGCUUAAUUGCAAGGUUGUGGAUCCGAGCUCUACAAUGGGCAAAAGAUUCCUGCAUUGCAGGGGUCUGGACUAGGUGACCCUCAUGGUACCUUCCUAUUCUAUAACUCUAUACCAGGGUUGAGGAGCUGUUUCCAGCCUGUGGAUUGGAUGUCUAGGUCCCUCACCCUGCCCCCUGCUGGCCAUUCUGACAAGUAGAUGGGACUGCCCACUUGUCAUUCAGCUGGCAUCACAGUGAUGUCAGGUGACGUGCUUUAUUUUGCCUGGGCAGUUUGAAAUCACACUAAUGGACCAAGACACAGGAGUCUGCAGGAGCUGAAAAUAAGUUGAGUGUUUGCACUUGCAAAGCCCUGUGCCUUUGCAAGCACUGCCAAUUAGCAUUUUUCUUCUCCUGGUAGCAGCUACCACGACCCCUGUUUGGAUGGAGCCCUGACAUGGUAGGAAGGGGGUCUUACCCUCCUUCCUUGUACCAAAGCCUUGAUGCAAAUCACCUUCCCUGAGCUGCAGAGGCAAAAAUAUGCAAUACAGUCAUAGAAAGGAAGCUAUAUAGAGGGGAAACCUUUAUCUCCAUGCCGUAACCUCAGUCUAAACUGGGUGUGUGAGUGUUGGGUCGCUUACAGCGACUUUUAGGAAAGUAAAAUCAUGGCAGGAUACCUAAUCAUUGAUUUCCCACAUCAUGUCUAGUAAGGCCCUUGUAAUCAAUAAUCAAGCUGUACCUAAAUAAUGAUUCUUGGGCCUAUAACCAAUUUCAGGAAAUUAUAGCUAUACUGUAUCUUCAAUGGUGUCUGCAAAAGAAAUAUAUUUCAGGCCAUGAUUUAUUAAGCAAUGUAAUGUAGCAGGCUAUCAUUUUUAAAAAAAAUAAAAAUAAAUCUAUUGCCUAAGAAAAUUGUCUCAGUGCCCAUGAUACACAUAAAUACAGAGUAAUACCUUUGUUUUGAAAAUGCACAUUAGCUAUAAAAUAUUCUAUGCUGUGUUCAUAUGAUUCUGCUCAGAAUUUGAGGCAAGGAGUACUGCCAUUCAGAGAGCAUAACCUUGAAACCAAGUGCUCACAAAUGGUCCCUGCACUCCCCUUAAUCUGGCGCUGCCAGCUAUUAGUUUAGGCAGGGACCAUCCAAUAUGGUAGCUUCUAGAUAUUGCUAUCAUGUAUCUAGUAACUGCUAUCAUGCCUGACCAUUGGCUGUGCUGUCUGAGGCCGAUGGGAGUUGGAGCCCAUAACCUUCUGGGGGGGCCCACAUUGGUUACCUGCACAUGAGGUGAACCAGGAAGUCAGCCUAGCCCUUUAUGCUUCUGCUGUUCUCUUCUGAUGGCUGUUUCCUAUUGCAGGUGCCGCUGCUCACCAGAUGGAAAGGGCAGUUUUCUGCUCAGCUAAAUGUGACCAGCGGGGCUGCAGUGCUCUGGUACAUGGACCAAGUGAGCCUCUUGAGGCAGCGACUGGGAGCAGAGUAUUUGGUUUUCGAAAGUGGCGAAGGCAAUUGGUUUAUGGAGCAAGCAAUCCCACCUCCCACAGAACUUGGAGGGGAUAAGUACAUUCACAUUUUAGCCUCAAUGGCAGCUGCAUUGGGAAACACGUCAAUAAUUAGCGCCGGCACAAGGUUUGUCUCAGGAUAACUCUCCAAACUGUCUGUUUCUGAGGGCAUCCUAUCAGUGUGCACCAUCUCCUGCCCCUUCUUUUUAUUUCGUUAAAAGUUUAUUUUAGGGGAAAUCUCACAUCCCCCUUCCACCCCUUUCUCUGUCCUUGUCAUGUGCUGCUGGUGCUGCUGUAAUCUGAAGGAGAGUCGUGGAGGGAUAGUGUGUGCUAAUGAACAGAGGCAUGGAUGUGCAUUCAGUAUGGGCUCUUCCUUUCCAGAAAAGUGGCUUCAGCUUGCAUGAACUGGGUUGCCAUAUGUCCUCUUUUUCCAGGGCACGUCUUGUUUUUCAUGGGUGUGUAAAAUGAGAGUCGCUGUGGUCUAAACCACUGAGCCUCUUGGGCUUGUCGAUCAGAAGUUCAGUGGUUCGAAUCCGCGCAACAGGGUGAGCUCCCUUCACUCUGUCCCACCUCCUGCCAACCUAGCUGUUGGAAAGCAUGCCAGUGCAAAUAGACAAUUAGGUACUGCUGUGGUGUGAAGGUAAAUGGCAUUUACUGUCCUGUUGCGCCAGAAGUGGUUUAGUCAUGCUGGCCACAUGGCCCAAAAAGCUGUCUGUGGACAAAUGCCAGCUCUCUCAGCCUGAAAGUGAGAGGUGAGUGCCGCAACCCCAUAGUCACCUUUGACUGGACUUAACCAUCCAAGGAUCCUUUACCUUUUUUUUUACCUGUAGUUAAAAGUAGAAGUUGACAGAAAUGUCCUCUUUUUUGCUCUUCAAAAUAUGGCAACCCUAGCAUGAAGCCAAGCCACCAGCUGCUAUGUGACAAUGCAUCCUUAGAACGGUCUAUGACUUUGAUGCAAUGCUGCACCUGUGCCUUAAGUUGGCCUCCCUCAACCUGGUGCUCUCCAGGUGUUGUUGAACAACAGCUCCCAGCGGCUCCAACCAUCAUGGCUAUGUCAGGGGUUAUGGGAGUUGUGAUUCAACAACAUCUAGAGGGCGUCAAGUCUGGGGAAGGCUGAAUGAUUACUGUGCCUUUCAGUAUUUCCAGUUUGACUCCUGGUCUGUUUCUGCUGCUUCUAGAGCCAGCCACCUGCCGCUCUUUCUCCAAAUGAACCCCCGCCAGUCCGACUGGAGCUACGCUGGUUUGAAAGGGAUUAUUCCAUCGGUGCUUCAUUACAGUCUUCUUGGUUAUAACUUUUUUAUUCCGGAUGCAAUAGGUAACGUUAUUUUAAGGUCAACUUCUCCUACUUCUUCUUAGAAUCUGUUUUCUAGAAGGGCUGAAGAUGCCCCUGAGAGAAAAGGCCAGAUCUCAUGGGCAGAGCCCAUAUGCUGUGUGUUAAGAGGCCCCAGAUUCAAUCCCUGGCAUUUCUGGGAAGGGCUGCAAAAGACCCAUGUCUGAAACACUGGAGAGAAGUUGCUGGUCAGUGCAGAGUCUUGAUCAGCUGCCAUCCAGAUGUCAGGCUGCAACUCCCAUCAGCCCCAAACAGCAAGGCCAGUGGUCAGGGCUGAUGAGAGUUGGAGUCUAACAACAGCUGGAAGACACUAUGUUGGCUACUGCCUCUCUAAAUAAUACUGGGCUGGAUGGACCAUUAGGCAGCUUUCUAUGCUUCUGCAGGGGAGAUGAAUGCAUAUAAUCUGCACGCCUAAUCAACUAUGUUCAUGAAGGCUACACCAAGCAGAACUUGAGGGACAUCAGUGCCUGAAGUUCUGUUUGGUGCACCAUUAGAUUUAAUUGAUUUUCUGUUGACAAGAAUUGGCCAGCACAUUUCUUAAGCAUUAAAAAAAUUAAGCAGGAAUUGCAUAUACAUUCAGUUCUGCCGAAACUAGAGGGUGGUGUUGUUUUUUAAAAGUGUUUAGAAAUAGAAGUAAUGGCACCCCAGCUUCAUUCAUCUGGUUAGCAAAAUCCCAGGGGCUUUUGGACUGCAACUGAUUUGUAGCAUGGAUCGCAUCGACCCCAUAGCUCAGCGAUUGAGCGCAUGCUUGGCAUGCAAAAGGUCCCUGAUUCAGUCCUGCACACAGCCAAACACCCUUAAAACCUUUUAAAGUUCUCGUUUAUGUUGAUGUUGAUGUACUGAACUACAUGCAGCAGGUUUAAAUUUCUUCAUUUCAGACUGCAAUGUAAAGAUCUGGAUUCAGCAUUCAGAGUUAUGCAUACCUGGGGGGAAACUGUAAUGAGAACAAAGUUUCAAAAGCUGUCCAUUUGUAAAAAAUCAGGGGAUGCAACUGACAAAUGAGAAGGCAGCAUGGACAACCAAUCUUUCUCUUCCCCUCUUCCACCUGUACCCUUCAGAAAGUUGAUGAGACCUAGCAAGCAUUGAGGGCUGUGCCAUAAGGGACUGCAGUGAGAGGCGAAUUCCCUGAAAUCAGGUGGAGGAAUUUUGCACCAUUUGUACAGGGCUCCCGUUUGGGGGCAAUUCUCCCUUCACACUGCAGUCCUGUACGGCCCAGACACAGUGGCUUUGGGGGGAGGUACAGUAUACUGAAGAAGCCAGAAGUGAAAACAUGUGCUUUAAAACUUUAAUAUCUCUGUGUUAUUGGUUACUGUAAUAAAUGUAUGAUAUUAGGCUUAUAUUUUAGCAAGCAGAAGGACUUCCAUUACACAGUUGGACUUCCCCCCACCCCAUGUGGCUCCUAAAUCUGUUCUGGGGGUUCCCCCAACCCUCUGGAGCAGGUUUUGGGAUAGCAUGGGACAGGUCCUGUUGCACAAGUGGAAGUAAUUGAACUCCCACAUUUUUUAGUUGAAUAUCACCCUUCUGGUAUUGCAUCUAACUGCAUUCCUCUGGGAGCCAGCACUUUCUGAAGUGCUGUGUGAUGCCUUAAAAAUCCUAUCUGUUGCUUUGUGUGCGCGCGCACACACACACACACACACACACACGUACAUAACAAUAUCUAUGUCUCUUAGAAGAGGAGGUAAAAUUUUGUGGCAAGAGAUAUAAAAAUAUUAAUAGUUUUUUUUAACAAUAGACUUGAACCAAUGGAACCCUGUAGUAAAUUCCAAUUUUCGUGCUGAAAAGAGGGACCUCAUUGCACUCCUUGUUCUCACAGUGAGCUGUCACUUUUGAUAAAAUGUGAGGCUGUUUCAGAACGAAAUAUUCUGUUUUGGAAAGCAAUUCCCUUUUCUGAAGGAAUUGGGCUCCUUAAGCCUGAGGCAAUAUUUUUAAUAAGAAUCCUCUCUUGACCCUCACCCUUUCGCCCACUAGCCAGCACCUAGUAUUUCACCAGGAAAUCUGCCUGCUCCCCUUCGCAGCAUGCUUUCCUUAUUUCAGUUUUCUGCUCUGUUGUCAGGGAACUGACAUCGGAGCUAGAGGCGGAGGAAAGGCUCUCAAAUGAUGCUGGAGAAGGGCCCAGCAGGGAGAGAGGCAGCUCAGCAAAUGGGGAAGCAAAUCAGCGCAACACCAGGGAUAAAGGGGGGCAGAUGGGGGAAUCGGCGAGAGGGCUCCAGGACUCUUCACCGGACACCAGCGGGGAGAGCACGGGUCCUCCGCUACCCACGCCUUCCCUGCGCAGAAGACUUCCGCGCAGGGAGAGUAGGAGGAGACUUGGCGUCAAACAACUUUUAUGUUGGAAAAGGUUUAAGAAACGCCCACUGACAGAUUCUGCUAGCGACUGAGGCAGCCACGAAGUGAAGGGCUGUCCAGACAGAAAGGUUUAACAAGGCAACAUAGCCAGGAGAGGCGGCAACUUACGCACGAGCAACCCAUACUCUUUACACCUGUGUUAUGAUCUCCAACCCCCUUCAGGAUUUAUGAAGCUAGAUGAAGCGGUGUCAUGUCACAUUACAUGGCGAAGUAUUUUGGAUGUGUUAAAACGCUACAUAACCCUGUGUAGGAUGACAGGACACAAUAUUUCCUAUUGUAAGUGAUUUAUUGGUAGCAUCUGUGGAAUUGCUUUAUCUUUCUGGAUAUGCAUGGAUUUUAAGAUAGUGUCUGCAACCUGCUAAUAUAGAUGGGUUUAUGUUUCAAGGUUAUAGUUCAUUCUUCCCAUUUGGCAAACAAGCUGUAUGGGUGUACUCUGCAGCAUCUACCUUCUGUGGGUGGGGAUGGGGCAGAACUGUUUUGGCACAAGGCUUCCCAAGAUUUUUCAGUCUAUAAGUGUCCCUUCACUGCAUUUCUACCUAGAAGGUAUUUCUUUCAUGUUGGAUUAAGAAGUCAUGUCUCUGCAGAUCAUAAAAAGCUUUAAAUUUAUGUAUGUGGGGGCCUGACACUUUUCUACUUUGAUAAAGAAACUAUGCAGCUGGACAACAAAUUAACUUCCUUGCAUGAAAUUUUAGGUCAGGUUAUCCAGUGUGGUGUUCCCAAUAUGCUUUUGGCUCCAGCUUCCAUCAGCCUCAGCCAGCAUGGCCAAUGGUCAGGGAAGGAGGAAGUUGUAGUCCAACAACAUCUGGAAGGCAUUAUAAUUAUAAUUAUUUAUUACAUUUGUAUACCGCCCUUCGUCUGUAGAUCUCAGGGUGGGUCACAACAUAAAACGCAAAAUACAUGAUAAAAACAAGAACAAGAAACACAAACCAAUGAACCCCACCCCUCCUCCUCCCACAAACCCAUUUAAAAGGGAAAUAAGAUGUUAAUCAGCCAAAGGCCUGGUCGGCUACUCCUGCAUAGUUAAUGUGUUUCAAGAUGCCCCUGUGGUCCUUAGUUAUAAUGUCAUAGACAUGGUUUUUUCUGGUUUUUUUUUGUGGUAGGUUGGAAUGGCCCCUAAGAGCCCCCCAAACACUGAUGUGAAUUCAGCAGUUAUCAGGAAUAAAUGAGAUACACAGGAGUAGGGAAUGUUUUCUUUUCAGAGUCUUUAGUACAAUAUUAUGUAUUUUACCUGCUGUGUCCAUGGUUUGCCUUCCAGGCUGCUGACUGUUGAUGUUAUAAUACGCCAGCAGUCAAGCUGCUAAAGCAACGAAUGCAAAGCACGCGCCAGAAAGAGAGAUGAAAGAUGUUCUUUCUUUUAACAGAUUAUCUGGAUUGCCCACUAUUUAUACUAUGUACUAUUCCUUUCCAGCUGGAAACUGCCCCCCCCCCCAUUUGAUUCACAUCUCAGUUUGAAUCCUUCAUAAUGUACACCAAGCCAAUUACAUUGUUUUGUGUUAGGAGUCAGAAAUGUUGUUUCUCUGUGAAAUCUCAAUAUACUCAGUGUCCCCGUCCCCGUCCUCCCGCCACCCCACUUUCCCACUGCUUUUGAAAUUCUUCCUACAACUUGUGUUUCCAGAAUGUCAGCAAUGCCAAAAUGUGAGUUGGAUCAGGCCAUUCUUCAGUUCCAUUUGCUUUGAGCCAUCGAGACUGUUUAAGCAUCUGGCAUGUGUCUUUUUGAACAACGCUGACUUCUCUAGCCUCUUCUUUCUCCCAUUGGAUCUUAUUGGCUCCUGUACCAGCAAACAGGAGACAGAAGCCACUUCCAAGCUGUCACUCUUUUGUGGGAAAUGGCCAUAGCUCAAUGGUAGGCCAUCUGCUUUGCAUGGAGGAAGACCAGGUAGAAAUGGGAAUGUUCCUUUCCAAGACCCCAGACUGCUGCUGCCGGACAAUGAAGACAACAUUGAGCUGGAUAGACCAAUAUAUAAUGACCCCCUAUCUGUAAACCAGCAAAUUUAGAGUGUGCAAUUAAAGUGGAUGUGGUGCUCUUGUGCAGCAAACCUGCUUCCAACCCCCCUGGAAUUUUCGUGAUAAGAAAAGUGUGUGUGUGGGAGGGAUAACGCAUUGAAAAUGAUUGUGGCAUGUAACUUGCACACAAAUAAAGCAGCAUGAAGUCUCAAUAAAUAACAGUGUUGUAAAACAUUCAUGCAGAUUUUGUGCACCUGUAUCAGGAUGAAUGCUCAAUUAACUGGCUGUCUGGAAGAGCCCUGGGAUGAAGCUAUUGUAUUUUAACAUUUUGUACUAUUGUAUUUUAAUAUUUUGUUGGAUAUAAAUAAUAAUAAUAAUAAUAAUCUAUAAUAUAUCAUUAAUAUAACCUGGUCGUUCCUAAAUUAAUGGAUCAAAGAUUAAAGUUGAAUUCUAAAUAUUUAUAACAGUUUUCCUAUUGCCCAACCAUUUUUAUUUGUUUGUGCUGUGCAGGAGGAAGUCUUGCAAAUGAAUUUCUGAUUGAUGAAGAGCUAUAUAUUAGAUGGCUGCAGAUUGUGACUUUCCUUCCUGUGAUGUCUUUCCGUACUCCACCGUGGGUCUGUUGUGAUGACUGGGUAGGUAUAUCAACUACCACUGGUAUGCUAAUGAUAAUAUUCUGCUCUCUUGGUUCCCGAAUUCUCUCCCUCAGUUCUUACUAAUAUUUUUUAUCUCCACAAUGUCUCAUUUUGGAUGAUUCACCACCACCAAAGUUUAAGAUGGAUUAAACAGUAUACUCUGUAUGUCUUCUCUGAAAUCAUCACUUCCGUCUUCCUUGACACAUCAUCAGUACUCUUAUCCAGGACUGGCCCAAGGCAUUUUGCUACCUGAGGUGAAGGACAAGAUGGUCCAUUUCACAUGCAGAAGCUAACUGGACCAGCAGUUGAAUCUUAAUCUAACACUGGUGGUAGGACAGGGUGCUCUGUCACAUCUGAGAUAGCAAGUUAGCUUAUGGGGGCCAGGACAUGCUAUGUAGGGGCUUAGGAGGAGCAGCAAGGUGGCUGUAAUUGCUGCCUCUCCACCCAACAUCUGCUGCCUAGGGAAGUUGCUUCACUUUGCCCAAAGAUAGGGCUGGCUGUGAGCUUCAGUUUUGCACAUGGGGUGUGGGUGUGUGUUAUGGAGAAAGAGAGGGGAGAGAAAUUUGCCUCUGUGUUGUUCGUUAGCAAAAGAUUCUGAUGCCAGAUCUUGUAAUAUUUUCUUCUUAACACUGCCAACAUUUGCUAUUUCUGAUUUCAUAGAAACUCUGGUUCAAGUUCUUGUACUUUCUUGCCUCAGCUAUCACCAGGGCUUUCUUAUACCUCAUCUUAAAUUCUUAUUUCAGCCCUAAACUCUGCUGCAUACCUUGCUCAUGGCAUUCUACCAUUCACAGUUGUCUUUUUUUGCUUCUCUUAAUCAGUUCAAAUUACCCCCUCCUCCUAGUUGCUUCAUGCUGUGUGCCCCAUCUCUCCUUUCUAAUUCCCCUUUCACAUUCUUUCUCCCACUAUUAAUUCUGCUUAUACUAAUCUUCUUAUCUUAGUCCUUUAGCUAUGCUCUCUUAGUCCUUUAGCUAUGUUCUAGAGCUCAGCUGAAACUUCAAAGAAGGCAGUUUUCUGAAAAAAGAAGGCCACUUUAUAGAAUUUGCUCUAAAUAUUCUAUACUGUCUAUACUAUACUGUCUAUACUAUUCUAUAUUGUUUGCGGUUGCUGCCAUUCUCCUCCUCUCAACACAAUGCUGGCUACAGGAGUAGUGGUAGUAAAGACUAGCAUGAUAAGAGACUGAAGAGAUGAUUUUCAUCCAAGCUCAAGGAUGAGAGAUUUAGAUAGGCUGGGAUUACAAUACCACUAAAUUAAUAUUUUCUUGGCUACUCUGGGUUGGAUUCACCUAGGCAUCCCUGUCAGGAGAAGACCUGUGCAAGGACUUUUGCUUAUACAACACAGCUCCCCCCCUCCCUUCCCUGUACACACUCUGAAAUUGGCUCAGUCUGGAGAACCUCCAUUACAGCACACAGUGUGGGGGAGGGUGGAAUCCCAGUUGUGGAAGCUGCAAUGCUUGUGCAGAUGGAAUGAUUAAAAGAGUGUGACAUUGAAUUCCACCCUCUGUAUCUACUCCCUUUGGGAGAACAUAAAUCAAACUAAAAUACCUGCUUCUCUAUUGACUUUUCCACAGCGUAUUAAAAUAAUAUGCUGAACUUCCUUUCUUUCAGGUCCUGAAUCUCACCAGGCACUAUGUUCAGACACAUCAGAGUUUUGUGGUGCCUCUUGUUGAAAAAUACAGCAAGGAGUGGCUCUCUGUAGGAUACCCUAUUUUUCGACCUGUAUGGUGGCUCAGCCCCACUGAGUCCAUUACCUUUACAAUCGAUGAUGAAUUUCUCAUAGGAGAUGAGGUAAGAAAUAAAUUUUACUCCAGCAUGUUUUGGAUCAGGAAGGGCAUCUCAGGGACUGAAUAUUUUCUAUAAGGCAUUUGGAUUUAUAUUAGAGUACUGAACAUUUCAGCUCUCUACAGGUUUUGAAAAUUCAUGUAAAGUUACGAAGGUAAAAUAGAAUACUUGAUGAUAGAAAACCCUCAUAAAUUAAAAUUGGCAGAAAACAUUUAUUAAAGCUAGAAUUCUGAAAACAUGGAAGAAUUAACUUUGCUGAGGAGGAAUCGGCAUGACUUCUGUAAAUGGAAUUCUUGCCUCACUAAACUUUUCGAACGAGACACAUUUAGACUGUCCAGUCAAAAUGUAAAAUCAUACAAUGAUAGUGAUGGAAGGGCCCUUGAACAUCACCUGCCCAACUUCUUGCUCUGUGUAGGAAAACAGAGACAUAUGUGAUGCAGUGGACAUUAUAUAUUUGGGUGUGUGUGUGUGUGUGUGUGUUUGCCUCUAUAUCAUCUUCCUCCCAAAUGACUCCUACAGAAUGUUACCAGAAGGUUCCAGCAUUAAAAACAGAAAAGAGACUAAGAAUAAAAGUGUAUUACUAACAAUGGAUGAAAAUCACCCAUGAGGUCUUCCAAUGAUCUGUGUUGGGAUCCAUGCUGUUUAACUUAAUCAUGAAGGACUCAGAGUCAGAGGUGAACAAAAGUGUAGAAGAUGACACAAAACUACUCAGGAUGGUGAAAACCCAAGCAGUGUGUGAAAGCUUUCUUCUAAAUGAGCAAAUAGGCAGUAGAAUGGGCGAUGUGAUUCAGUGCAAGGAGGUCCAAAGUGAUGCUUGCUGGGACAUGAAAAUCCUAAUAUAUGAAGUCUAACUUGGCUGUGACUAUUCAGGAAGGGGAUCUUGGAGUCAGAAUGGAAAGUUCAUGAAGAACAGAAGCUCACAUAGUGGCAGUGUGUGGGGAAACAUAUAUCCCAUGUUAGCUUUAUGUUUGAUCCCCUAAAAAAAAAUCCCUAUCACAAUGCUGUUACAUAAAUUGGUGGAAUGCCUGUAUUUCGCUCCAAAUGAAUACUACGGAACAGGAGAAAGAUGCAGAGCAGGCUAGUAAAUAUUCAAGAGGUUGGAGUACCCACCGCAUGAGGAGAGUCUAAAAAUUUUGCAUGUGGAUAUUUUUAAGUUUACAAAAAGUCAAGGAGGACAUGAUUGAGAUGUACUUAUUGUAUUGAAAGAGUUGGGGGGAGGGGAGAGCCAACCAAGAGCCAAAUUUUGAUUUAAGGUUUAUUUGGCCCAUUAACUUCUUAUGCUUGGAAAAAUAGAAUGGAUCUAAAUGGUUUCUACAUGUCCAGACAUCUGGCAAUUUUAGCGCCAGUACAUUAAGUGGGGUGAGGAGUGACUAACUUCUUCAUGUUCAGGGUCUGAUGUAUUUUCCAGACAAUGAGCGGGAUGCUGAUGGUAUAAAACAUAUGCUAAUGCAAUUUUUUUUUGUUGCAACAUUUUACUUCUGUGUCAAGUCUGCCUGGCAAGCCAGAUAAAACUGCUUCAGGGUCUAGAUCUGGCCUGGCAGCAGCCCAUUAUCCAUCAUGAGGGCAGAGCUGCAAACUGGAUUCCUCACAGGAAUGCGACUGUGAUGGACAUCAGAAAUGGAGGAGAGAGAUGAAUAUAUGAUCAGUUGAGCAGCUCUGAAGGUUAUAGCAUGAUUUCCUUAUAAAGGUGCAGGUAUCUGACUUGUUUAAGGUAGCAUCCUCAGAAUCUUCUCAUAACCUAAAACACAGGGUCUCCACCAAUGGUCCCUGACUAAGUAUUCCAGAAUGUCCUCCCAGUACUCCCUAGCUAUAACUUGCUAUAGAAAACAACACUUUCUCCCUGACUUUGGCCUGUCAGAUAUCCACUCCCAUCCCCGGCACACACAAUAGUCUGUUUUGCAUGGUGCAGUAAGCCCAAACUAUGGCUUACAAGGACUGCAAAAAAUGUGCAUGCUCCUGGAGAAUGUCUGAUGGGUCAAACUUUGGCUUAGCUCAAUGCAGCAGGAAAAAGGGCCAGGGAAGAGCAACUGAUUCUCAAUUUAACAACUAGCUACCUAAUUCUCACUUCCAGAAAUGAUGUGGGAAUUGAAAUUGGCACUACUCCAAAUUCUGCAAUGCAGUUUUCCAAUCAAUGUGUAAAAUAAUUAAAAAUAAAUGCAUAUAUUGGGGGAGGUGUGCAUAAAAAUGUGUAUAUUCAUAAAAAUAACACAGCAAUGCAUUAAAUCAGGGGAAACGACGUGCAAAAAUGUGUGUAUUAAAUGAAAUUGCAGGCAAAAAUGUGUUUAUUAGGAAAAAUUCACACUAAAAAGUUGAUGAAUCUUCAUGUGGGUUAAAAAAAAAAAAUUUGAAAGAAAGAAAGAAAUUAGAUGCAGAAAGUGGAGAACUGAAUUUAAGAUUUGAAAAAAAUGAGCAACAGAGAGAAACCAAAAUGCGACAGAUUCAUGCAUCCUUCUGUGUAGUUUGACUCUCCCUGUCAUAUGAACCAGGCCACUGUGACCUCCUUACUAGGUCAACCAUUAGGUCAGAGAAAUAAAUAGCACUUUUAAAACUUUCCCUUUCAACGCCGCCUCUUUCCAGCCACUACCUCACAUUUAUCAUUCCUCGCUGGUUUCCCACCAUUGCCUUCCCUUUGGCAGAGGGUUCACUGGAGUGAUUGUGAUUUAUGUGACAUUUUCCACAGCCUCACAAAAGCCCAGCAACAUCAGUAUUUCAACCGGCAGUUUUACAAUGCUUUUAGCAAAGCAAGCAAAUGCCUACAGUACCAGAGUGAAAUAUGGGGCUUUCCAUUCAGUGACAUUCUAGAUCUCACUUUCACUUCUCUCAUUUCCUCUCACGCUUCUUUCCAUCUCCACCCCUUCUAUGGCUCCUACUACUGUCAUCCUGGAAAAUCCAUCACCCAUCUGUUGGUUUACUUUAGAGUCUUCUACAAUAGACUGGGAAAGCCUGUUGGACGUAGCUUUUUCUGUGUGGCUAGUUAUGCAGGAGGUGAUGUUUUAUGGGGCAUUCUUAGUUGAGCAACUUGAUUUAUUAUAGCAUGACUGGCUGCAUCUCCAGUGAAGCUUCUGGUUGUUGUUGUUUUUUGCUAGCAUGGAAAAAAAAACUUUCACCUGUAUAAAUAAAAGACAAAACUGAGGAAAUGAGAAUACUAUAAGAACAUGUGUUCUGCUGAUACAAUAAUCACAGAUUGCAGUGGCAGGCUUUAGAAUCAACUUGAUAAAGUUCUACAUUGGUGACUGCCCAUAGAUUAUACCCAAAGGUUCACCUGUUAAUUCAUAUGACACUUUUCAAUAAAAACAUGCUGAAUCACACAUUAUUCCUGAAUCACUGAAUCAUGGUCUGCCCCGCCCCCCAUAAAUAAAUGAGGUGGUAUAGUAUAGGGAUUCAAUAUUACAGUCUUUUCUUCAGUGGACUGAAACCCUUUGGAGAUCAAUAGCAGUUAAAGGUGCAUUCUGUGAAGACCACUUUCCAUAUCAACUCUGUUGUUUGGGUAACAAUCUAAGCACAUGUCUCCAUUGAUUCUGUUGAAGCAUGAUUAGUUUCUCCUUGGCUGCUUGUGAAAAGGAACUCUGGAUUACAUUGAUGGAAGUUUAGGAAUGCAAACAGACCCUGGCCCAAAGAACCACUGAAACUGGCUGGGGUCACACCAUUGUAAGCAUUGUAAGCUCAGUAAGCUAAUUCUUCAUGUUGCUCUCUUGGUGACGGUGGCAUAUGGGUGUAGCCAGGAAUUUUGUUGGGGGGGCAACCAAAGUUGUUGAGCUUCCCCAUUGAAGCCUGAAGUCUGUAGCUAUCCAGGUGAACCACAAGAGGUGGUUGAGAGGGGUAUAUGUUAGAAGAGGAAGGAGACAUCCUUUCAAAUAUUAUUGUUUGGGUAUGCAUUGGAAGCAUCACAUGCACAGCAAAACCAUUGGACUGUAGCAAUCAUCUUGACUUUGCAUUGGUCAUAAUGAAACCCUAUAACCUGCCCUGUAUCCUAGAAAUGUAGGACAGUGACCAUAGCUCAGAAGGUCUGCGGUUCCAUCCCUGGCAUCAUGUCCUCUGCCUCAGACCCUCAAAAGUCACUGCCAGUCAGAAGAGCAGACAACACUGGGCUAGAUGGGCAAGCAGUCUGACUUGGUGUAAGUUCCUAUAUGAGGCUGGAGGAAAAGAAUGCAAAUAAAGAACCAUAAAAUGCUGGCCCCCUUUUUGUCCACUAUAAAAUUUAAAUAACUAUUUCCUCCAUAUGUGUGUCUUUACAUGUUGGAGAAGAAUCUUCCACCGCUCUAGGAAUACCCAGCUCCUUUUCUCUAUGAUGCCAUUGACUUGGACAAAAGGAGACAUGGGUGGUGGUACUAGCUGUCCACACCUAGAGGCAUCUUGAAACAAGGAAGACUGUUUAUGAGAUUGAUUUCUAUGAGAUGUUCAUGCCAAUGAUGCCUCCAAGUAUUUCAGAUCUUGUUUGUCUAGAUUAAUAAGACAAUUGGGUGCUCCGUUAAUGUUAUAAUCAAUUAGCAUUAACAAGCAACUGGAAAUAAAUUAAAGAGCAGUUAGCAUUCUAAUUCCCUUUGCUGUUAGCAUUUCAAAUACAGCCAAUAUCUAAUUAAAUCUUUUGAAGCACUUUCCUAUUUGCUGAACUUAUGAUUAAUGUAAAGACUUAAAUACUUCUCCCAGAUCAAGGCAACGACACAUUGAUCUUUAGUGUCUUUAGUUCUAAGGCUGGUGCAUGGUAGGAUCUAAAGUGUUGCCUUUAAUCAUAUUAAGAAGACUCUCACUGAGGGCUCAUUAAGCGCUCAAAGGGCAAUGGAGUUUUGUGUGCAUUUGAGGCCUUCUAAAAUUUACAGUGACUGUUUUAAGAAGAGCAGUAGUUGCCUCAUCGCAAUCUUUUUGAUCAAUUAUUUCUGCUUUGAUGCUUUAAAUUGUCUUGGUUACUACUGUAUUAGAGAACGUGCAGGGUUAGGAGAGUCUUUUCUCCUGUACUGUCCAAAGUAAAAUGUGAACCUCAUCCCAGUGUGAUCCUUGACCUUCCGCCCUUUAAAAUGUAAGAUGUAAGAUGAUUGAAAAUCCCUGCAUUUACAAGGGAGAAAGGUCCAAGACAAAAAUGGGGGUAGGACUGACAUCAUGUGGAUACUCCUACAAGCCCCAAAUACAGUGGCCACUUCUGCAAAUGGCAACUCAUGUGAGCAGCCGAAUGGUGAGAAAAAUGUAGGCAACCUAAUAUCUUCUGGAAGUGAAAAAUCACAAAUGAGUGGAACGAUGAGUGCGUCUGGGUGUGCUUAGUCUUCUUAGACAAUGUUAUUUACAGAACUUGGAACGUUUUUAGUAGGUAUGAUACACAAUUCUCUCUGGUGGGCCUGCAUGUUUCUCAUUGUAUUCUGAUUCACAUAACUGAAAACGGCUUUUGCCUGAUUGUGACAAGUUCCAUACACCUUGGAGCAGACUAUAUAGACGUGCAAGUAAUCAGAACACUUGCUCUCACAGACAAAUGGACUUUGGGCUGACAGCGAGGGUGUAGGAACAGCUAGUUACCAAUUAAACCUUGUGGCAGAUGGUUUCUCAGCCACCAUUGUGUGGAACGCACAAUGACCUUGCUACAAGUCCAAGGGCUAUUUUCAGUCAUCGGAUCUUCCUUGUCAAACUUGUUAGGAUAUUUCCGUUCCACCUUAAAAAGGGAGCAGGUUGUUGUGUCACAGCCUGCGUAUUUCCUGUUCACAGGAUGUUUCUGUUUUGUAUAUAGCUGUUGUUUUUCUCUCUCUGUGCCUGGACACGCAGACAGGCAGUCACGUUUUUCCUUUGUUCUGACCAACGCUGAAUAAAAUUGUAAAUAAUGCUCUCCUGAGUGCAUCUUUCGUUGUACGAACUCUGCUGAAAGAGUGUGCACAAGCCCUGGAAUGUGGCAAGCUAUUUCUGAGGCUCGUGUCGCUAAUUGACUGAUACUGUAUCUACCAGAGGUCGAUGGAUCGUCCGGAAUCGACAUGGAGGCAUGAUGGCCUUUGUCUCCCUGGCAGUGAUCUUCCUAGGCAAGGCACUCUUUGGUGCCGGUUGGGAACAUCUGAAGAUGACUUCGGUUUCACUAUCAGGUGUUCUGCUUUGAGUCUAGCUGAUCCAGCCAGGUGAACAAAGAAGCAAAGCUGCAAUGAGGCAGAAUGGCAGUGCCUUCUUAAAUGGUACGGUACUACCUUGGUUCUCAAACUUAACUGGCUCUGGAAGUCUGUUCCAAAACCAAAGCGUUCCAAAACCAAGGCACACUUUCCCAUAGAAAGUAAUUAAUCCGUUCCAGACUUUUAAAAACAACCCCUAAAAUAGCAAUUUAACAUGAAUUUUACUAUCUAACAAGACCAUUGAUCCAUAAAAUUAAAGCAAUAAUCAAUGUUCUGUACUAUAAAAUAAAUAGGACAGUAUUGUAGAUGAUAAAAAUAAAAAAAAAAUAAAAAUUCUUACCUGCAGUGAUGAUAGUCACUGUUUGGAUGGGGGGCUUUUAUCCAUUUCCACAGUCACACAAUCAAUCAAUCACAAAACAAAAAAACAAAACAAGCCACAGCCACAAAAAUGAAAAAACCACACAAACAAAAACUCAAAAAAAUAGCAAAAACAAAAGCACCAAAUAUCACCUCAGAACACUGCAAUCAGAAACAGAAGGCUUUAAUUACGAUGUAGUGAGGGGACUUAAAUUAGCUGUGCAAGGGUAAAAAUGGGAGUGAAAAAGCCUUAAUUUCGAUGGGGGGGACUCAAAUAAGCUGUGCAACAGUGAAAAUGGAAGCUCAGGAGCACAUUCGGCUUCCAAGGCAAAGUUUGAAAACCGGAACACCUACUUCUGGGUUUGCAGUGUUUGGGUUCAGUGUUGUUCCUGAACUAAGCUGUUCGAAAACCGAGGUACCACUGUACUAGGCUUAUGCUUGUGUCCUUGUGAUCUUUAAAUAUUAGUAGUAAAACACAGAGGCCCCAGAAAGGGAACAAAUCAAGUAUGUCAGAAAGCUGUCAUCUCCUUUGCAUCUGUACAUGGAAAUUCUGUGAGUGAAAGAAAUAUAAUACCCUUGUGGAAUGGAGACAUUAGUAUAAACAUUUAUAUUGACUUCAUAUUUUACUAUCUUUGUUUAUGGUUAUAAACUCAGGAAUAGGUGGCCUUUUCUGGUUAUAUUGGGGCUAGUUAAUAUAUUCUUCUGUGUCAGAAUCCAUUCCAAGUCAGGUCUGCACUCCAGAAUCCCACUGCCUCAUCUGAUUCAGUUAAGUGAAACAGACACUCAUGACCUGUCCUUAAUUCCAUAAGGUGAACUGCAGCUCCAGAAGGGUAAUAGUGUCAGCAUCAAUUACAGGUUUCUUAUCUGUUGCAUAGAGGCCUAGGGCAAAUGUCCUAGCAUCACUGUACCAAGAUCCUUGUUCUUGGAAGUAGGUACAUUUUAUUGGAGGUGAAAUGGAAAUCAUGGCCAUUUGUAAAAAGCCAUUACACUUUCCAACAUGAAAGGCUCAGAGCUUUGACAUAUAUCAAGUCCUGAGACCUUGAUGCUUUUAUAUUGAUUUCAGUGGAUGUAUUCAGCUUGCGACAAAUAAAGGUGGCCAUUUCCCCAGUUUUGAACUAGACGUGAUGGUGGCAGGACCUAGCUAUGAGUCUUCCUGACUCCUUCUAAAUUGGUGUCUGGGUCAAUUUAAAGCAUGGCAUCAGUGGGGGAAUUAAAUAUCCCCAUCUAUGCUUUUCCAGGUGAAUUUGAAAUGUGUUUUCCUCUUAGCCAGUGUUCCUUUUAGCCAUGGAGGUCCACUAGGAGAAAAAUCAAGGGGUUUCAGAGAAAAGGCAUAGGCAGCAGAAAAGGACGUUUUCCCACUUUAAAUCUGCUUCACACUUUAUAGAAAUGGAGCAGCAGAUCCAUUUCUGUAAACAAGGCAGGCCAUCAUUCCACUAGUUUGGCCCUUGCAUUUUAAAAAGAACAUAAAUUCAAUUUCAUGGCAAACAUUAUUUGUAAAAUGCAGCCUAUGGUAAGCUGACAAGUGGAAUCUGCUCUUAUAAGAUAUCAUCACAUAUCUCCUCCCAGAAAAUCACUUAAAUGGGGCAGCGGGGGGAAUCUCUAAAAUUGAAUCGGACAGUUUCCAAUGCAGAAAUAUGGCCUGCAUUAACAAGAAGAGAUCUUUUCUUACGAUACAGCUAAUGCAAAAUCAAAGAUUGGACUAAGAACAUCAGGCCUUUCUGCUGAGCGGCUGGGAUCCAAAUUUGUGAUAAAAGUUCAGUUCUGAAAAUACAACGUAAUGUGUUUGCAACUCCUGGCAAUUCCAGUUAAAAUAAGUAUGGGCUCAGACUCAAGUCCGUCACUCAUAAAGAAUCGUUCAUGAAUUUGGAAAGAACCAUUGUGCUCUAAUGAACAUUUGUGCACUCUAAUUCCUUAGAACUUAGCGUUUUAAAACAAACCAAAAAAAGGCUGCCCUCAUCUUCCUGGAACCUCUCUUUAGAUCAGUCUUUGCCCAGUUUGCAUCAGUCUUGGAAUUGUUUUAAAGACGUUCGUAACAUCUUUUCAAGAUUUUUUAAUCGUUUUAUCACUUGUUGUUUGCCGCCCUUGGAUCUUUUGGGAAGAAGGGUGGGAUUUUAAUAGAUGGCGUCAAAGCAAACUUUAUUAAUUUCACUGUUAUGAUACAAAGUCAUUAUCAGAACAGGUAAUAGUGUGCUGGUUUCAAGUGAGCUUUACUUUAUCAGUGGGGCGACGGCCACCCUGUAGCCAAGGCGGGUGGCACCCUGGUCCCGGGAAGCCCUGCGCAGGAUCGUAGGAGGGGCUGAGCGGAAAUUAUCAGUGUUCUGACUACAUACUCUAAGGGCAAUGCUAUAGUCCUGGUAGAGCACAUGCUUCACAUCCAUUAGAUCCCAGGUUCAAUGCCUCAUGCCUCCAGAUAGGGCGGGCAGGCAGUGUCUACACAACUGAGCUUGAUGGACCAAUGGUCUGAGUAUAAAGAAGUCUUCUAUGUUCCAAUGCCUCUAACUUUCCUUUUUCAAUUCAGGUCCUUGUUGCCCCAAUAACAGAACAAGGGCAACGUCAAAGAGAUAUUUACCUGCCCAGAGAAGGUCAGAAGUGGAAGGACAUCAACACGGCCCAGGUGUUUGAUGGAGGGACCUUCAUCAGGAACUAUUCAGUCUCUCUCAUGGAUGUGCCUGUUUUCGUUAAGACUUUCUAGAUUCCAAAUCUGACUCAGAUCUCAGAAGGUUUCCCUGUAUCUCGGAGAAGGAUUGCCAACAAGAGCAUCCAUGUUGACAAGGAAGUUCUCUCUUUUUCUGAAAAGUGUUUCCAGUCCACUGCAACGUUUCCAGGAUCUGUAUAUUGAAAGAACUAUUAAAUGUGUGCAUUUAAAAUAGACUUGACUCCCCACUGUCUGUUUUCCAAAAAUUCUAAAGUUCUCCAAGGGCUUCUGGUGGGACUACAGCAACUGCUACAAUUUUGUAUCUUGAACCCCCAGGCCUGUUCUCCUCUUUGCAGAAUCAGUUGAAACACCCAGUUUGCAGGGCGGGGAGUGGUGAGUAGGAUGAUGGGGCUUAGGAUGAUGGGGUACCUCAGGCCUUGGACUCAAAUGUGGUCCUCCAGGCCUUUCUAUCUGGCUCUCAGAACAUUCUACAGGCCACACCCCUCACUGGCCAGGCUUUUCACCUUCCUUGAGUGCUUUUGCCUGGCUGGAAUGUGUCUCUGAGCUCUGAUAAUGCUUCUCACUUGGCUGGAUGGAGGACAGAGAGGGGUAUGUGAGCUUCCUGUACAAAAGUUUACAUUUGUGACUCCACUCACAUUUGCCUCUGGCUCUGCCCCCUGCUGGCUUGUGGUCCUCAGAAGGUUGCUCAGAGGGAAUACAGCCAUCGAGGCUGCAAAGGGUACCCCACCAACUUAGUCUUUCCCCCUGCCCCACCAGCAGAUUGCUGUUUGUGAUGAAAUCCCAUGGCAAAAUGCAGUCUCUUUUCCAAGACGGAUUUGAUCGUUUAGGAUAUUUUCCAUAAAUGUCUCCAAAAUUUGGUUGUGAAAGGAGAAUGAACUUUGCAAAUUAGGAGAGGAAUUCAAGGCUGCCUAUCUUUGGAGCAAAAGAAAACGGAGGGCAAUUGCCUUUGUGGGGAUGCCUUUAAAAAAAGUUAUGGGGGGGGGAAGCAAAGGGUUGUUCUCAUCAUUUCAUGAACCUUUCAGCAUUUUUCUUUUUAGACGUUCUUUCAAGAUUGUGUGCUCCCCUUCUCCAGUGACAGAACAUACAUCUCCCAUUAUUUACUUUUGUUUUGAAAGCUAUCGGCUGACUAUUUCUCCCUUUCUCCACUCAAAACAAACAAAACAAACAACCACUGGUGCUGGAUUGGAGCUUGUUCUAAGAAAGCAGUAAAAAUAAAAUGUUUUAUUUCAUCUGUAAAUCCUGUGAGGGAUUAGCUGUCUAAGAUGAGCAUUCCAUCAAUAUGAGUUUGAAAAAGUGAUAUGAUUUUUUUGGUGAAAAGUUUUGUUUUUUUAACUGAGAUGCACGUCACCUUGGGUGUUUUUAUGAGGCAAAAGGGUGAUGAAUAAACUUAAUAAUUCUGACUUACAUGAAUCAAUGCACCUUGCUGCUUCCAAGACCCAAAGAGCAAAAGAUCUAGAAAGCCACAGCCAAAAUUAUUCCUUUUCAUGUUCAAGAGCCAUCAAAGCACCUUUCUUUUGCGGCUGAUUCAGGUAUCAGAAGCAUUAGCACAAGUGGAAGGUUGGUGUUGCUGAUGAGAGACUUCAGAUGACCUUCCAACGCAUGUUUUCAUACAAAACAUGGGUCUGACAGAAAUAUUCUUAAGGUGCAAUCUUAUCCCCUCCAUGGGAGCUGCCUCUGACUAGACAUGUAAAGGAUUGUGCAAAAAUUCUAAACCGUACAAUUGUAGACUUCCCACAGCAACUAUCACACUUUGCCCACCAACCUCUUUUUAAGCAGAGGGUGGCUGGCCAUCUGUCAGGGAUGCUUCAGCUGAGAUUCUUGCAUCAUGGAUGAUUGGACUAAAUGACAUUCAAGGUCCCUUCCAACUCUACAAUUCUAUGAUUCUACCUCUUCAGCAGUGGUACAAACUAGGCCCUCAGGGUGUAGGGGAAACACCUUCUCUGUGAUGCAGUGUAAAUAAAGCAAUAUAAAUUACAGGGGGUGGACACAGUUUAAAAACAAGAAACCCACAUUUCAAGCUCUAGCCUCAGAAGAAGAAACUUACAUUAAAGACACAGAAAUCAAGUUAUCAACAAAACAUCUCUCAGAAGUACAAACUAUAAGCUUAAACAAUGACAUUGACAAACCAGCAUUCUCGCUUUUGCCCUGUUUUAGUUGCAUUGGGUGUCCUCAUAGCUCCUUUGCUUAGGCAGCUUAUGGAUGAAAGCCUCAAUUGCUGCCUUUUGCUCUUCUCAACCUUUAUCCCUUGCACAAUUUCAUUUUCUUUUCUCCAGGGGCCUUCUUUCAGUCCUGUUAAUAAAUGUUGUGUAGUGGAGACAUCUAGUGGAGAAAUAUUUCUUAGGGCUCCACUUUUCAUCCCUUUCCCCUUCAUCUAUAAUUCCUCAUGUUGUAAGAGUUCUCUUUUUUUUGCAGAGGUUUAUCUAUUUGUUUACAUUGUAAAAUAAACUGAAGAAGUAUAGCAUCAAGGCAACUAACUGCUUAUGUAGUGCAGUCCCAUACAUGUUUAUUCAGCAGUAAAUCUCACUGGGUCAAGUAGACUCACUAGCCUAGUAAGUCUGUUUAGAUUUGCAGCAGUCUUAUUCAAUUGACGUGUAGAGAUUUCCUAAAAACUAGUUGUCACACACUAAAGAAUGACAGGCUAAAUAAAUAAUGUCUAUUUAUCACCACAGAUUAAAAGACCUAAAGCAGCCCUUUGUAAAAUGUGUUCCUUGUUCCUUUUUAUAUUAUUUGUUGUUUCUAGAUUGUUAGCUGCCUUGGACUUUUGAGGAAAUGGAUCUUUAAAUAAACACAUAAUAGCAGAUCAUAACAAACACCCGCAAAUCUGUCCACCUAGAGCAGGGGUUGAUCUAUUGCCAGCGGAGAGGAGCCAUCUUGGAAAGCUCCAGUUGUUGGGCUCCAGCUUCUAUAACUCCCUGCCAGCAUGGUCAGUGGUCAAGGAUGAUAUGGGUUGUGGUCCAAUGACAUGUGGAGGGCCACAAGCUUCCCAUUUCUGCCAUAAUGGGCCCAUUGCCUUUCAACAGGGGUGGCUAACCUGUGGCCCUCCAGAUGUGACUGGUUUACAACUCCCAUAAUCCCUCACCACUGACCAUGCUGGCCUGGGCUAUUGGAAGCCUUGAGUCUAACAACAUCUAGAGGGGCACAUGUUUGCCAGCUUGCCCUACAGUAACAUCAGAAAUUAGCACCCAGGUCACAGUGUAGUGAAAACAUGGCAAGGCAUUUAUGAAACACAGUUACGGCCUAUACACAUCCAAGUCUUCCAACCAAUUAGCCCCAGAAUACAGCCUAAGGACGAUAUCAGACAAAGCUUCACUCUGGCCUCCAAGUGGUAUGCUUUAGAUCUGAUCAAGAUAAAAUUACAGUACUCUGACAGACCUUUGUUGAAUCCCCUUGCCUAGUCUAUUAUCAUAGUUUUUCUACUGCCUCACUUCAGAUUGAAAUUGCCUGCCAAGGGCCACACACUUGCCAUUGCUGCUGCAGUUGCUACUCUACUUUCCAGCCCUGGUUACGAUAUUAAAAAUACUACAUUGCAAUGUGAAACUGCAAUGGGCACUACAGCUAAGUUCAAUAGGCUAUCAAGGCCAUGCCACAUGGCUGUGCACAGCCUUACAUGGAAACAAGGAUUAGGGAUAUCAUAUGUGGCUCUCUCUCCCCCCCCCCGUCCCCUCAUUCCUGCAGAUGAUUUCCAACUGGCCUGGCUAUCGUAAACAGCAGAGAAAACACAGUGUGUCAGCUACAACGGGGCAGGGUCCAAAGUCAAAACAGACAACAGACAAGAAAAUCCAGGAACUUGGGAGAGAGGAGGAAAAAUAAUGUGGGGGAGAUGGAAUUUGACAGUGGGGUGAUGUUUGGAAUGGGAAAGCAAGGAUCUAAGGGAAAUUGGGACAUUCUGAUCCUCCAAAAUGCCUACAGUCAUCCCUAGGAGCUAUUAAAAAUAAAAUAAAAGAUGGGUCUGCAUUAAUCCACAUCAAAAUCCAGACUUGAUUUUGACACGGUAGCUAAGAGAGAAUUAACACUGCUGUGCUGUAACUGUUGUUCUAAAAAUUCUUUAUUAAGUUUCAGUAUAAACAAAAAUACAAAUACAAACUCAUAGCUGAGGAGGAAAGGCAGAAAAUAGAUACAUAUAAAUAAGAGGAUUGGAAAAACACACUAAUGUAGAAAACAGAGAGCAGGGAUAAGGAAAGGAAGUACAAGUUAUUUGCAAAUGUCAUACAUGACAGGUUAUUUAUUUUUGUCACUAUUGCACCCUCACUAAUAUACAUGUUUUUACAAGAGGUGUUGUUGUUGUUGUUUAGUCGUUUAGUCAUGUCCGACUCUUCGUGACUCCAUGGACCAGAGCACGCCAGGCACUUCUGUCUUCCACUGCCUCCCGCAGUUUGGUCAGACUCAUGUUUGUAGCUUCGAAGACACUAUCCAACCAUCUCGUCCUCUGUUGUCCCCUUCUCCUUGUGCCCUCCAUCUUUCCCAACAACAGGGUCUUUUCCAGGGAGUCUUCUCUUCUCAUGAGGUGGCCAAAGUAUUGGAGCCUCAGCUUCACGAUCUGUCCUUCCAGUGAGCACUCAGGGCUGAUUUCCUUAAGAAUGGAUAGGUUUGUUCUUCUUGCAGUCCAUGGGACUCUCAAGAGUCUCCUCCAGCACCAUAAUUCAAAAGCAUUAAUUCUUCGGCGAUCAGCCUUCUUUAUGGUCCAGCUCUCACUUCCAUACAUCACUACUGGGAAAACCAUAGCUUUUACUAUAUGGACCUUUGUUGGCAAGGUGAUGUCUCUACUUUUUAAGAUGCUGUCUAGGUUUGCCAUUGCUUUCCUCCCAAAAAGCAGGCGUCUCUUAAUUUCGUGGCUGCUGUCACCAUCUGCAGUGAUCAUGGAGCCCAAGAAAGUAAAAUCUCUCACUGCCUCCAUUUCUUCUCCUUGUAUUUGCCAGGAGGUAGCUAGCCCAAAACCCCACCUACAGUUUCCAAUCUUAUUUAAGAGAUGGCAAGCAUUCCAAAUGCUGGUUUCCCUGCCUGGAACAGUUUGGAUAAUAGUAACAUCAUUUAUGUACAAAACAAAGCUUUGCCAGACACUUGAGAAAUUAUCUUUGCUUAAUUUGUCCCCUACUCAACCACAUUUCCCCAUAAUUAAGACAACACACAACUGUCUACAUCAGACCCCUUUCAGAUGUUUCCAGUUUCCUGCUAUAAACCUUCCUGCCACUGCAGUAAGCCUGUGCUAAAUUAGACCUUUGUCUUGACAGUCCUCUUGGAUUGUGAAUGCUUCUGGUCUCUUUUCAAAGGCUUCCAAAGCUUCACUGGGUCUCUUGGCACAUUUGGAGAAAGGCUUUAGCUAUUCUGGUGGGAAGCUGGAAGACAAGAUAGGGCUCUUGCACCUUUGAGAAUCUUGCUGAAGAGGGAAUUUCAGCAAGUGUAGCUUGUCAGAACAAUUCCACACAACUAUCUUAGGCACGGGAGCCUAUUUCCUUGUGCAUCAGGCUAAUUUAAAUGAGGCAUAGGAAUAUCAUUGCAUCCUUUUGGAGGAGAGCAUGCCCGGUAAAGCUUAAGGCAGUCCAGAAAUGUCUCCAGAACACAAAGACUCAGCCCACAUCUGCAGACAAAAUCACCAAUGUUCUUGAGAUCUAAUACAUGCAUGGCAAAGCCCAAGAUCCCUUCCAAAAUCCAUUGAGGCGUCUAGGCUAGAGUACAGAUUUGAUACUGGACUCUGAAAUCCACUGCAGAGUUUCUGAUGGGUUUUGGCAGAGAGACUGCACCCAACAAGAUUUGUCAAAACUAUCAUUCCCAUCCCUAUUUUUAGUCCUCCUCCCUUUUUUGUUUGAUAAUUUUUGGGCAAUUAAACACAUAGCCAUUUAAAGUCAGUAAAAGUUACUUCACGUUGCUUCUUAACGAAAUAUCUGCUUAGAGGACUGGGUAGUUUUAUAGCAUGAAAUUAUGUGCAUUGCAGCAUAGCACUUCAGUUGAUAUGACAUGAUGUUUAAGCAAAAAUCAAACAGCCAUAUUCUAAAAAUAAACAGAACUUUUACUCUUUGCAGACAAGAGCCUGAGUUUAUGCCAGCCCUCUGACUUCCACCAGCAUAAAUGGCACUUUAUCUAAAUGUGCAGCUGAUCACGCUAAUGUGCAAAAUAAGCAAACAUCUUAGUUCUGCUUCCCCAGUUUUCAGAGUAUUUGCCUCAUUAGGCCAUGCGAAGAGACUGAGUGGAAUGCAGAACCCUUUUAAGUAUCAGAUGCUUGUUUUUGAUAUGCUGCUGUCUCACAAUAGGGAAGAUUUUGUGCAGCUGUAAACAAAGAUGAUACUAAGCUACAUUCCAGUGCAAUAGCGUACUGGCACAAAGAUUAGAGAAAAGCAGUAACAUAUGCAUCUCCGGCUAGAAGGAUACCCUUAUUAAGACAGAACUGGUCCACAGCUGCUCUGCUCCAGGAUUCCUCAGCAUUAAGUAUCUUGCAAGAACCAAGUUAAGGGUGCUUGCUAUGAUUUAGGGAAUAUCCCUUUAUCAAAAUUGAGUUCAAGCACUCCGGGCUGAAUAUUAAAAUAAUGCCCAUCCUUCAGGCAAUGGGUCUUCAGCUCAGAGCAUUGUAAUUCCAUAUUCGCUCAGUCCCCUGGGAUUUGCCAGGGCUUUCGUUGCCCCACAAUUCAUCCUUUAACAACUACUAGCCAUAGUUUUGGCCUGAAGCUCAGCCUCUGCACUUUUGGCUGCUUGCUCCAGUGAAGACUUUAACAGUGCCAUUCUCUGCAUGUGUUCAACAGGGCAUUCUCCCAGGUAAGUGUGCAUCGGAUGCAGUGCUUGCUGUUCUUUUUCAUUCUUUUGUAUAUUUUGUAUUAUAAUGGAAUCAUUGUUAGGAUGUUAUGGGGUUUUUUGUUUUAAUCAUUUUGUGUUUUGUUUUCCUAUGCUGUAUCCCACCCUAGGACCUUCUGGUGAAGGGUAGGCAAGAAAUGAAACAAUGAGGAUAAUGAUAUAUAUUUUUUGCAUUGUGAGUCAUCUCAAUAUGUUUUUGAACUAAUCCUCUAGCAAAUGAAAUAAAUACUCUAAGCCUUACACUUGCUUAUUCAAAGUAUGUCUCCUUGAUCUCAAUGGAAUUUAUUCUCUAGUGACUGAGGUUAGGUUUGUAGUCUUAGUGAGUUACUUAGUGCCACAGAUCUCGGGCUGUGCCAGCCCUGUGGAACGCCCUUCCAUCAGACGUCAAACAGAUUAACAACUAUAUGAUUUUAAAAAUAUAUUUGAAGGCAGCCCUGUACAGGGAAGUUUUUGAUGUUUGAUGUUUUAUUGUGUUUUUAAUGGGGCCGAGGCAACCUAGUCAGAUGAGUAGCUUCUCAUUAUUAUUAUUAUUAUUAUUAUUACUACUAGUAGUACUACUACCCUGUUUUGGGAAAUGCAAAUUUGGUUAACUUUGCCUUUAAAUGCAAACUAAAUUGAAUUACUCUGCCAUCCCUAUUAAUGAAACUUGGUUCAUAUGAGGCACAGCCAGGCCUGCUGGGUCACACAGUCACCUCACAUGAAUGGAGAGUGUCGUCAAAACACACCACCACUAUCCUGCUUAUACAUACAGUGGUACCUCGGGUUACAGACGCUUCGGGUUACAGACUCCGCUAACCCAGAAAUAGUACCUCGGGUUAAGAACUUUGCUUCAGGAUGAGAACAGAAAUCAUGCAGCGGCGGCAUGGCAGCAGCGGGAGGCCCCAUUAGCUAAAGUGGUGCUUCAGGUUAAGAGCAGGUUCAGGUUAAGAACGGACCUCCAGAACAAAUUAAGUUCUUAACCCGAGGUACCACUGUAUUGUAGACAGCAAGCUCUAAGCUUUAUUUAAGAUAAGCAGGUCAAUCAUUACUGAUCUCACCGUAAUGAUGCUGAUGCAAAUUUCCAAGGAAUCCCGGAACAUAGUUUGGAAACUAUCCAUGGGUCACCUGGUAAAAAAGCUGAUCCUCAAGUUUCUUACUGAACGUUAGGAUCCAAAGUUAAACAUUAGCAUCCAAGAGUGACAAAUGCUAAUCCUUAAACAGAUAUUUCAGAUCAAAUGAAAAAUUUAGAAUGAUUUGUCUUUUUAAAUGGAUUUUCCGUAUCACAAAAAUAAUUUUAGGGUCAAGUGUUCCAGCUAGUUCAAGUUUCAUUGAAGCCUUCACUCCAGUCCCAGCACACAACCUGUUUUCUUGGAGAUAAUUUUAGUAAUACAGAUAGCUUAAAAACAAAAUGAAACAAAACAAAACAAAAACACCUCAGAUCAAUGCUUCCAUGUCAUCAUGUGGCUGAUAUAUUAGUGUUGUUUCAUCGUCAAUUUAUUAUUUAUUUUCUUUGGGGCAGUGCACAUGCCUGUGAAGUAAAAAGUUGAAAAUAUGAAAAUGGGAACAAGUACAAAAUAAAGUGAAAAGGUAUCUUUCAGAUUACUGAGAAUAGAUUGUAAAGGAUACAUGUCCACUUCAACUCUUUCAUUCAAUAGCAAAAAACCAAACCAGAAAGCUAUCAGUAACUACUGAUAGCUCUUUUGAAAGUGGAAGCUGGUUUUUCUCUUGAUAUUUGAAUCACUACAUUUUCUUUACAAUGUAUUCAGAACCAUGACGCAGGCAACAAGUCAGGGAUUGGCUCAUUUUCUCCACUGCCAAUGUUUACAGUAUUUAAAAAACAUUUUGGGAAAUGUGGACAUUUAUCCAAAGUUCAUCUGAUUUCAUUAAAAAAAUAAAAAAGACAAAGUGUACAAAGUGCACUGCAGUAAAUUCUUUGUGUACGCACCUAUAGAUAAUUUGCAAAACAUGUUUACAGCCAGUGGUUACAAAACUAGGUAUUGGUUUUUGAAUCUUUAUCAGCGUCGUGCUUUUCAGCUUUAAUGCGUCAAAGCUGCUCCUUCCACAAAACUGCAGGAGUCAGACACAUUACAUCAGGGGCAAACUUGAUGCCACCAGUUCAGUUUCCGUUUGCAUAAGGACAAAGUCCAUUGAACACUUCACAACAGUUCACCUACUACAAAAAUAUAUUUGAAAGCUGGCCCCUUUGACGGAAUCUGAGGUCAGAUUGCAUGAAGUGUAGACAAGAAGCUUAACCUUCUGCAACUGUGUUUGGAACUGUGUUGGUUCUGAAAAAUGUGACAGUGUUUAUAUAUUAGUCUCCCUAAAUCCUCAACAAACUGGUUAAAUGCAAGCAACAGUGUUUAUUCCUGCUAUGAACAGUCUACAAUAAUGCCUCCUUCCCCCUUUAAAUGCCUUGUUUUACAUAAAAAUAUUUCAUUUUAGUCAUGAUAAAAAACUAAACAACCGAAAAGAUAUUGUUUAAACAUGAAAAAUAGUAUAAUAUUACCCUGAAAAAUAAUUUCAACUUUAGUUUGUUGUUCAAUACACUGAACAUUGACUGAUUAAUUUUUCAGGGACUUUUGACCUGCCUUUCGAAAACAGAAUUUCCUCAAAGGCAUUUCACAAUAAAUGUAAAACAAUUUUAAAACAACUUUAGUUCCCAGGCUGUUAAAGUUGCACAAAAGGGCCUUUUAAUUCAAAAUAUGUUAACCAAGCAGUUUUAAAGAAGAAUCACACCUGGGAAGAAGAUACGCUGCUACUGCUGCUUCCGUAGCCCAAUGUCCACUAAAUCCUUCGUUUGCCCAGAGGUGGGUGGCUAUAGCACAACAAAAGCAGGACAACCCCUCCCCACCUCUCCAUGAACAUUUGUGGUAUGAAAAGUUAUAGGAUUUCAGCAGGAACUUACAGAAUAUGCACUGAUUGGAAAUGAUGCCACUCCAAAACAUUUGCAGGUGCAAACAGUAUUUGAAAGCGGUAUUUUAUAUGACCACCCAUAUGUGUGAUAAAAAGCCUAUAGCCCCUCUGGACAGUGAUAAUGUGAUAGCAUUGGGGAAGCAUCACAAAACUAAGGCCACACGUUCACCUUACAUUGACAGCACAAAGAAUCCUGGGAAUCCUGUGGUGUGUUAGGGAUCCUGAAAGUUGUUAAGAGACCCCUAUUCCCCUCACAGAGAGAGUGAUUUAACCAUCCAUCUCUCUUCCCAGGGUACUUUGUGGAUUGUACCUCUGUGAGGACAACUAACAACUAACCUAUACAGAUUUUCAAAUGUCUAUUUCAAUGUACGUAUACAGUAUUCCUUCCCACUGUGAAGUAUGGGUUACCAUCAAGCAAUUUCAUUAUGAUUCUGUCCACUAGAUGGCACUAGGAACUACCUAACAACCUGGUCAUAUUUGAGUCCAAAAACUUUUUCAGGUAGGUAGUAGUAAGAAAAAGGUUUGGGGUGGAAAGGCAGGAUUGGCAUAUUAUGGACAUACAUACCAACUUUCAAGGAAGGUACAUGUUUCAGCAAAUAUACACCUGCCAUUGUAUAAAUAUUAUUGUUACAUUUUAAAGUCUCACCAUGAUCAACUCCUGCCCGGAAACCUAUGUCCCUACUAUGGAAGGACAUAUGGAUCCAGAAUUGGCCUCCACAGUCACUUAUGGACCCACUUUUGAAAACAGUGUUUAUGGAAGACAAUCUUACUCAGCUACGAGUGAUUGCCAAAGAAGAAGAUUGUUACAUUUAUAUUCCACCUUUUCUCCAAGAUGCUUAAGGCAGUGUACAUAGUUCUUCUUUGCCUUAGUUUAUCUUCACAACAACCCUGUGAGGUAUGUGCUUUAUGGCUGAGUGGAAAUUUAACCCUGGAUCUCCCCAGUCCUGAGCAUUACACCAAAGGAGCACUAAUUGCAACUCAUUAGGCUUGUGUGGUAAAGAGCUCCCAUGUCUCCAUAUACUCACUGGUACAGAGUACUGCUACCUCUGUUUUCCUGCCCAGGGCAGCCAUUUUGUGCUGGCAUCCACCAGCCUUUUAUCGAGAAGUGGGAACCAGCACCUCAUUUACUUAUUUUGCCAAAAAAGAAAGGCACUGCCUGGAAGUGACACCGGUCUUCUGAUUUGGUCGUGUAGUUCAAAGUAAUUCAGUGAGAAUUUCACAGCAAAUAAGAAGUUAGCAUUAAACAGCUUUUGCCAGUGCACCAACAGAGCAACAAGGUUUGAAGAUUCUGAAGUUCCACAACACUCAGCAAGAGUUUCAGUGAGGGGUUUAGAGCAAAACAAGACAUUACAUUAUAUUAUCUCCCCACUUUCAUGAAGGCAACCAUGGAUGUGGGAUUUUCAGAAGUGUUUCAAAGAAUUUGUGUGAGGGUAGCAUAACAUUACUGAUGAGGUGACAGAUUUCUACUUCCCCAUCCCAGCUCAACUUUGCUGCUGGAGAAGCCUAGCAGCAUUUCUCUAUAAUUUUGACUAGAAUUAUCCACUUCAGAAGAAGAAUAUCCGCUUCAAAAGAGGAAAUUUGCUAAGGAAUGAAGAUGGCAAGAAAAGGGUUAAGUUACUCCCACCCCCACUGGAGCAAUCUGCAUUUUUUUAAAAAGAAAAAGAAACAAAAAACCCACCUGCAUGUUAGAUUCAAAUACUGUAUUUAAUAGUCACAUGUAGUUCAGCCCUUAGGCAACAACAGCAAAAAGGAUUUCCUUGGGCUAUUUCACAUAUUUCAUUCUGCAGACAGGGAACAGUUAGUCCUGUGUUUCCCAUGCCAUGUGAAACCAAUUACUUGACAAUCCAGAAGUGGAAGUACAACGGGUAGAAAUGGAAAAGGAUAGAAAGCAAAUAAGAUCUUUUGGGUAAAGGGCUUAUAUGCCAGGAGCUCCUCAGUGCAUAUUGUGGCAUCUGCUGGCACGCUUACAAUUCACCCUGCCAAAUGUCCUCCGCCCUAUGAAUUAUUUCCUGAGUCACCACCAGCUCCCACCCUUCUGGCAAUAGAACUUCCAAGCGCUCUUCCAACUCCAGCUCCUCCUGUCUCAUAAUCUCCAUAGAUGUGACUGAAUAAAUGAAAUAGCCAUCCCAUAUAUGUUGGUUUUUUUAAAAAACAACAACCCCAAAACCCAACAUAGGUAAGCAUGAGGGCUUUCAUCCACUUAAACAACCCUGUGAGUCCCAGUGGUGCUUUCCCAUUGCUAGCUGCAAGAGGGGAAGCUGUGAGGGCAGAUAGGGAUGCGAGCCCCACAUAUGUACCCAGUAGAAAUCAGGACACAUCUAGCUUUGCAGCAGGGUGUGGGUGGGUGGGUGUCCUGAUAAUGCUAGUUCAUGUAUUGUGGGACCUGCAUAUAGUGAAGGAUGCACAGCUACUUGACAGUGAAGCCACGUAAAAUUAAAUAGCAAGCACGUGUGCGUAAGGACCAGGGUGCAAGAAGACUCUUGAAAGGUUCCCAUUCUUUCAUCCAUGCUGCCUUAUUUUUACCCCUUCCAAAGAUAUAAUUGUUUAAAGGAUUUGCUUCCUAAACUACAUAAAAGGCUGGCAAGAAUACAGUGGCUAAUGGGAUUUAGCUGCAACAUCAGCUGCAGCUUUCAUUAUUAAGUUGGAGUGGCGUUUUAUUUGGCAUUACCUUGAUCUAGAUUUUGGCUGCAUUAUAGUUCAGAAACAGCCCAGGCAGCUAUUGCUUCCUGGCCAAAAGGGUGGGGGAUUCAUUCUAGUUUCUUUGGAACUGUGAUGACAUUUGCCACAAGUACAGGUAUUGAUGGCAAACCAGCAGCUGUAGAAAGUAGUUUAAAGCAGUGUUACUGGCUGGCAUUGUCCUUUUCUGUUUGCAAAGAAGAAGUCAAGAGUGAAUUGCAGGCAUUAAUUCCAUCCCCAUGACUUUGUCACUUUGUUAAAUGCCCCAAGGUAUUUUAAUGUUCUAACCAACCCUUUGCGUUCUGCUUAUAAGGGAGACUAGUAGAAGUGAAGCCCUGUGAUAAUUGUGAUAAUUGACAAUGAAUAAAAUGAAACAGGGGGGACCUCUCCGUACCUCACUCUCCCCCCCCCCCCAUGUCUGCAAGGGCUGAGUCCUACUCUUUAAAAGGUAACUUGUUCUGCAACCAACCAUGCCUUGGGCUCUCCAUCUCUCUCACCACCAACAAAAACUAAACAAAUUGAGGAGGAACCUAUCCACAUGACAAUGACACAAAACCCUGCCCAUUAACUAUGCAAGAGGAAAAAUCAUUACCGCCCCCUUUCUCCCCCUGCCCAACCUCACAUAGCCUAUGACAGCAAUGUCUCACACCAAGUGUGGCUGAUCUGUAGGCAGGACUCUAUGAACUAAAAACAGAGACAUUAUAUGUGCCUUUAUUAUCCAUGAAAAUCUUUCCAUAAAAACAUUUUUUUAAGGCAACUUGUUCUUUAACCUGCUUGAGUGAAAGCAGGCACUUUCCUUUGGGGAUGGCAGUGAGGGCAAAGUCAGGAAUCAGUUGUUUCUCUCUCUCCGUGCCCCCCUCAGUAUUUUUGACAAGCAUGCAGGCUAGGCUGCCUAAGACGGGCUCCCAAGUAGCAUGCAUGACUAUGCAGUUGCUUUUUCGUGAUGAUGAUGCAGAUACUGCUGUGGUGUGUGCAUUGGUGUGUAACUCUUCAAGUGCAACCAACUCAUCACUUUGGCUGGGGUACUGAAGCAUGAAGAAAGCUCUCAGAAAGACACAGCACUUAGCAGUAAUAGCAGAUCAACAGCUGAUUAUAUCUUCAUGUGGUCUGCCUCAAUCUUGUGCUUCCCAGGGGCUGUCUUCAGGUUGCGUGGGUACUCAGUCACCAUGUUCCAGGUCGUAGGAGCAAAUAAUCGCCAUGUUUCCAAAGCUCAGCAAAGACCAAUAACAGAAGGGUAAAUAGGCAGGGGAGCAAUGAGACAUGGUAACCCACAGGGCUCAGGUUCACAACCAGAUUAUCCUAGAUAAGCAUCAAACUUGGCAACAGAUUAAUAGGAAAUAUAGGGUGUGUGUAGUCACUGCACUGGAGGUUGAUCAAAGCCACAAGUGGAAGAGCUCCGGCUCUCCCAUGUAGAACCAGGAACAUGCCUUGCCUGAAACCCUGAAGAGCGGCUGCCAAUCAGUGUAGACAGUAAUACUGAGCUAGAUAGAUCAGCAGCCAGGCUCAGUAGGAGGCAUGUUCCUGUGUUCCUAUUUAAAUCAGCUCUUUAUUCAGAACCUCGAGAACUAGAAUAUUUAGUGGAAGGGCUGUAGCUGAGCGAUAUAGGACACCUUUUGCAUGCAUAAGGUCCCAGGCUCAGCCCCCAAUGGUAUCUCCAAGUAGGCCUGGGAAUGUCCCCCGUCUGGAACCCUGGAGUGCUGCUGCCAGUCAGUAUAGACCAUACUGAGCUGGGUGGGCCAGUACUGUAUAAGGCAUCAUCCUUUGUUCCUAUAUAAUCGUGGGUUGACAUUACAAGGCAGGCAUUUGUAGGUUAAGACCUCAAACGUAACCGAGCAUUGGGGAGGGGGUUGUGUGUGUUUUAUUUCUUUGUUUAGUUUGUAAUUAUUAUUUUGGCAUGCUUAGAACAUAAAUCAUAUUAACCUACUGACAGUGUACACAUAUAACACAAGAAAGCUUCUAGCAGAUGUUGAUCACACAAUGUAGCUGGAUUUUCCACGUGGCUAUUUUGUCCCAAAGUGUGCAGGGAUGGGGAACCUGUGCUACUCCAGAUGUUGAUGGACUCCUGCUCCCAUUAGCCCCAGCCAGCGUAGCCAAUGCUUGUGGUCAGGAAAGAUGGGAGUUAUAGUCAACAAGCUCUGGAGAGUCACAGACUCCCCACAUCUGCCAUCCUGGGUGCAUUGUCCCAUUCUGCAGCAAAACCAAGAGCAUCCCAAACAUCAGCUAGGCCACAUUCUACUAAGGCAUAGAGAGGCAUUGUCAAAAUGAUAUGGCCAGUGGCCUAUACAAAUACAAGACUUUCAACCUCUCAGGCUCAGAGUAUGGCCUAAGGACAAUGUCAGACAAGGCUCAAUGGCCUCUGAGUGGUAUGCAUUAGAUAUAAGUGUGAUAAGUCACUCUUACUAUAUUUGCCAGUGGCCACAUUUUGCUGUCCUGCAGCUAACUCACAUUUUGCAAUUCAAACUUUUAACUCUUUCGUCCAUUGGAGAAGCUGUAAUGUUGUUCUCUAGCAGUUUCCUGUAAUUUCAUGAAAGGGCGUCAUGCAGUAUUUGCAUAUUGACAGAUUUAUAGAAAAACCUAUUAACCUAAGUAGCUGAGCAAGUACUAGAACAAUUCCAGUACCUUUGACCUACAUUCUUGAGCAAGCGUGACAGUUCAGUUAAUGCCAAUCUACUUUCCAAACAGGUCAUUCAUUACAAGGUACGUUGCUAUGGCGACAUCCUAAUUCUGAACUGUAAUUGCCUGUUGCAAAUAGGAAAAUGGGUUUAAUAUAUAAGAAAUUAUUGUGAUGUUUAUACUAGCUAGGCAAAAUAAAAACUUCCUUGCUCUUAAGAGCUAAUAAACUUGAUUUCAUUCUCUGGAAACAUGUAAACUGUGAAGUCACCCAAGGUGAAAUGUCUAUCCAUGGUACACUGAAUUGAUUCUUGUAUUGUGGGCAAUUAAACUAGUUCAAGGACAGAGAAGCCUAUGAGUUGGCCCUCAGCCAUGGUGUUAAUAUGGGGUCCACUUCAGUCAGCUUUCUCACGCCAUGCCCCCCCCCUCACCUGUGUGAUUCUGGUUGUGGAAUGUGGUGUUCUCCAGAAAAUUAAAAUUCCUCAAAAUAUUCUCAGCCACCUCAGAGCAAAAGACAGCUCUUAGAGAAGGACCAAAGAGCCCCAACCCCUCACAGGGGAAUACGUCCCAACUAUCUCCUCCAAACCAACAAACCACUCCUACAAUCUAGAGUGUUGGUCCAGAAUCUGGGAGACGAUGGUUCAAAUGCCCCAGUGUUUUGGAUUACAACUCCCAUCCAUCCUAGUCAAGCCACUCCAAUGCUGACUGGGGCUGAUAGGAUAUGCACUCCCAAAGAUCUAGAAGAGCAUUGUAGAUCUCUAUCACACAACACAGGUCUACCUUUUGCAGGGGCUGUGAAUGGGCCCAUAGCUAUGGUACUAAUGUGGGGCUUGCUUCAGUCUGCUACCCCAUUUCACUAUUUUACUCAACCCACAAAUGACAGGCAAACACUGUACUUUGAAGUUACAAAUCCGCAUUCCAUGACAAUAGUUUCUACUACACUUCUCAACAGAGAGGAAUCAGAAGCAUUUGUCUUCCUUCUGAGGACAAUGGUUCACCCAACCUCUAAUCCAGACUGUGUCAUGCCCUCAUUGUAUUUGACAGUCAUAGGCGAUCCCUAAACGGAGGUCCCUAAAUGUAAUUUAAGGAUCGCAUUUCAGGGCUCUUAUUAUUUAAAGUACAAAGAAGUUUUCAUAUACGGAGAGGAUCCAGGUGGGUUCUCAUUUCAUCCAUUCCAUCCAUCUGGCUAUAAUGCUUUAAUCACUGCUCUUCUGCUGCAAGCCACAAAAAUCGCAAUAGUACUUUCUACACUGGGGGGUUAAGAUUGCUUUGUGUAUGUUAUCCUGCCUUACUAGCAUGACACAAUUAAGCGUGGCAUGUCUGAGCAGCAUUCGGGGAAAGCAGUUCUCCUCAGCACCGCGAAAGGUAUCAUUUUCUGGAGUGCCCAGCUUGGGCGGAGGCCCAGAGCCUUUCUCCCGUGUCAAGGCCGGCAGCUCGCUGCCUUUCUACACCGAAGCCUCCUCGCCUCCCGCCCCGCCAGGCCCAGGAGCGCCACGCGCCACGCUUCCAUUCCCGGGGCUUUGAGUAGGGACUGUGUCGCUUCCUCCGCGGGGAGAGAAAAGGGGCUUGGAAAGCCCGUCCUCUCUUCCCUCGGAUUACCAGUACUGCAGGCGCGCUCCGGUAUGAGAAAGAGGGAGCCCUCCUCUCUCCUUCCAAGCCCAGAAGAGCCCCGCUUUCUUUCUUUGGGAGGCGCGCGCGAGGGCAGAGGCCGGCUCCCUCCUCCCCGCUCUUUCCACCUCAGCUCCUCCGAGCUCCGCCCCGCUGCUGCCUUCGCCCUGCCCGAACGCGCCCCCGCCGCGCCUCCUCCUCCGGCUUCGCACUUUGCGCCCGCUGCUGCUGCUGCUGCUGCCUCCUCCUUCCCCGCCCAGUCACCCCGGAGCGGCAAUUCCCGUUUCUCGGCCCCGGCCCCGCCCUUCCCCUGGCAGCUCGGCCAAUCCGGACCCAGCCGGUAGCAGCAGCGGCGGUGGCAGCGGCGGCGCUCCAGGGUGCUGCACUGCGCGCGGGCUUCCCUCGCGCAUUCUUGCGCGCUCUCUCUCCGUCUCCUCACAGCCGCCUGCGAGGAGGCGCCCCUUUUCCUCCUCGCCGGAUAGCCCGUAAGUUGAGCCUUUCUGCCCCACCCCACCCCACCCGCGGUUUUUGUCUUUCGGUUCUCUCCCGCUCGUUUAGGGAGGGUGGCCCCGCGCACAUCUAGAGGAGCACGCGGGGCCCGGAGGGGGCGACGAUACUGGGGCGGGGAGUGCCCGGGGGUUGCUCCGCUCGCCGUCUGAGGGACUGUCUAGGAGAGAGACGGCGUGCGCGAGAGAGUCCCUUCCCACGUGAGCGCCUUCCUCUUCCGCGGCUCCCUGGCGCUUAGCGGAGGAAGGGCAUCCCAGGGUGGGGAGCAACUUGGCUCCUGUGUGUGCAAGAGGGGCCACUGGAGAAUCGCGGUUUAUAAUCUUCCUUCCGUUAAUGCAGCAAGCUGGGACAGGAGGAGGGUCUUCUGCUGCCUAACGGAGCACAACUCUUUGCUCCCCUUGAGCUCAUCGAGUCCUGUCAAAGAUUAGGAAACGGAAAUUUAGACUGAAGUUUUGCAUGGUGUACCCUUAACUUGGAUGCAAGCCCAGCUGAACACAGCAGGACUUCUGCUUGUGCUAUUAAAAUACUAUUUUUCCUUCCAGCUUUUAUUUGAACUUAGCUGGUAUUUUGCAUUGGAGUGAAACCUUUUGCCACUAAGUAAGAACUACUGAGCAAACAGUGCUCCGUUGUAAUCUCUUAAAGUCCAGGUUGCUCACAAUAUGGUCUUCUCUGAGGAGUGGCUGACAACAUAUAAUAAACAAAUGCUGUCUCACCUUGACAGGAAAUUAUACCCUUUGAUAUUAUCAAUGGCAUACAGUGAUGUACAAACAUUGGGGGUUUUUUUGGGGGGGGGACUUCAUUAGAAGUCAGGCAAUCAAAUUGUUUCUUUUUUAAAAAACACACACACACACCUUAAAAUCACUGGAUAGUUUACAGUUCAGUCUCAAAAGUAAGCCCAUAGGGUUCAAGAGCCUUACUCCCAGAUAAGUAAGUGUAGAAUUGCAGCUGUAGUUUUCAUAAUAAAGAAUGUUUCCCUAGUACAGUUAAACCCUCUGUUUCCCUAGUGUGCAUUUUGCAGAGGAAGGGCAGCUCUAUACAAUACAUAUAGUGGAAAGAAUGAACUGGUUGCACCUCUUGAGAACAUUGCUUUCAGCGAUGAGUUGACAGCAGUGGGGGUGUAUUUUGGAAUUGGGUAAAUAAUACAUAAUCUUUGGACAUUGUGUACAGGUAAACCUAUCCCUAUAAACCACUAAUGCUGUAAUUCUGGAGCCUGCAGCUGUGCAUAUUGCCAAGAAUCUGAGCCUUGCAGGAACUUGUAGACCUUCAUUUAAUACUGAGGAAACACAGGGCAUUAUGCAAACUUUGGUUUUAAGGAAGCUUUUGUUUUAAUAUGAAUUUCUCAUAACAAUGGCUGAGCUUAUAUCUUGGCUACUGCUUAGAGAUGAUUAUGAUGGCUUCUUGGUGGGCUGUUGUGCGGAAUUUCUAAACAUUUUCUUUUAAAAUCAUUUACUGCGCCAACCCCCUGACCAUGGUCCUAUACAUUUGGGAUAAAUUGCCGUGAGCAAUGUGGUAGUUCUAGUAUAACUGGAAUAUCUGGGUGAGGUAGUAUAAGCAGGAUCCUGUUUCUCACACCUUUAAAUGGAAAUUGUCUCCAGUAUUAGCUGCAAGCAUGUAAUCGAUUCCUCAAAUAGCUGCAGAUUAGGAAUAGUCUUAGUAUGGACAAAAUAAAAAGUAGUUAUUGUGGUGUUAACACAUGUGCAGUGCCAUCAAAUGUGUAUUAAGCCAAGUGCUCAUUCCUGCUUAUUAAUGCUUGAGAUUUCUGUGACUUGGCCACAUCACCUCUGCAACAGAGGAGCCAAUGACCAUCUUAGAGUGGGGUUUUGAAAGUCCUGAAACACUUCAUUCUAAUAUAGGACAGGUGGAAGCUUACACAUUGGAUCUUCCCAUUCUGUGCAAAAACCAGACUUGAAAACUGUAGAAUACCUUGAAAUGUCAACAGUGCUGAAUUCAAGGCAGGGGAGAUUUGAAGGCGGCAGCAGCAGGAGCGGCCCAUGCAUGAGGCGAAGUGAAACCAUUUGCCUCAGGCGGCAGAUCCAACCCCCUCCCUGCCCCCACGGAUGCGCCGCUGCCAGUCCCACUACAGCUUCCCACACUACUGGCACAGCACCAUUGUCUGCUGUGCCCUUGCCACUGCAUUGUGGAGGCAGUGUGGGCAAAGUCGCAGGUGAGAGUAUAGUUGCAGUGGUGGGGAUGGAGUGGGGAUCUGGAGGUGGGGGGGGCGGGCGUUGGGGUGCUGUCAGGAUGUUUGCCUACGGUAGCAAAAUAUCUCAGGCUGGCACUGAUCAGAGGUGGGGGGGUGGGCUUUUAGCCUUCCACGUAUUCGGCUAGACAUAAAGGAUUUCACCAGACAAUGCACACUUGGCAUAGGGAGGCUGGGGGCCAUAACAAUGAAGCAUUUGAAAAGCGGGGGCAUCUCGUGAAUGCAUCGUGUUUUAAGAAGGGUAGGCAGCACUUUAUGUUGUUCCCAAAGUUGAGUGGUGGACGCCCGAAGUGCAUGAUGCUGAGAGAGAAAUAAUAGUAAAAAUAAGCCUAGAUGUUACAAGAAACCUCACAGAAAAGGUUUUCAUGCUUUUCUCUUCCAUCCACAAUGGGAGUCUCAUUGAACUUUGUAGGUCUUUGAGUGAACAUGCAUAGGAUUGUGCUAUACGAAUUUUUAAUCCUAUGCAAAGUUAUGUGGAUGUAUGUCCUUUUGAAAGCCCUGGGACCUAGAAUAGUAUUUGGGUACAGGACAGGGACAUAAUCAAGAAAUGAGCAGCACAAGAGAGAGAAGUGUAUCCUGUUCUCUCACUCCCUGCACCCCAUAUUGUAUAUCCAUGUUAUACUUUUAUAAAUCUGAGGGUUGAAUUUGCUGCCGGGUUAGCUUGUGUUUAAGAAAGCACUGAAUUUUAGUCGUACUGUGAAUUUCCUUUUGUAUGUGUGAAUCAUUCAAAGUGCUUUAUCGUUUUCUUGGGACAUUGAUGGUGCUUCCCAUUUCUAAGAAUUGGGAUGUUGAAACAGAAUCAAGGUUAGAGCGUGAAAGGCAAGCGGAGCUUUUGUAGUUUGGUGGUGUGUUGUGUGCAUCAGCGUAACCUUUUGCCUACUUUUCUGAGUCCGUCAUGUGAUCUUUCUUUGCUGUGGAGGAAGGGCGGGGUUUCAAGAAGUACGCUGCUUUGCAGAAGUGCCUUUCAGAUGACAUAUUGCAUGACUCCAUAAAAUUAAAUCACCAGGGCCUAAUAAAACGGGGGGGUGGGGAUGAGAGACCGGACUGAAGAAAAGGCACAAGAAGGCACUAUUUUGGGAACUCGUUGUAGGUCAAGUAUGUUUUCUUGCGUUGCUAGAAACGGAAAUACUGUAGUAGACACUGUCUUCCUGCUUGCAGUAUUGCUUCUGGAAAAUACUCAGUUGUACAAAAGCAAAAGUAGCAGCGUGCCCUGUUGUUGUAGAUAAGUCGUCUUCACUGCCAGCUCCAAGGAUCUGGGGACAUAUUUCAUGGAAGUCAGUUAUUUUCCUUUUAUAUAACCUUUUCAUAAAAUUGGGUAUUCUGAUAUUUGACAGUAAAGUUUAGUUCUAGACAUAUUUCUAUCUCCUGUUAGACUUCCACAUGGGUUGCCAUAUUCCUCUGUUGUAGCCGAUACAAGCAAGAGUUUGUGCUCCCUUAGAGAUUAACCAAUUAUGUCACAAUACAUUUGUUAGACUUGAAUGUGUUUUGUGCUUGAUAGAUUUGUUCGUCCAGUAAAUUAAUCAGUGUGCCUGCCAUCCUUGGCAUGAUACCCAUGGUUUCUCGCCCUUUUUUUCCCUUUUGGUGUAACAUAGUAAUUAUGUUGAGUACUUGGGAAACACAGUUCAAUCUUUUACAAAAUGAGGCUAUUUAAAUAUAGAGAAUAACUGUUGAUUUUUUCUGUUUAUUGGAGAAUUCUGUAAACCAGUGAAAGCAACUUACAAAAAGUUAAAUAAUCAAAGUGGUUUGGUGCGUGUUUCUUCAAAUCUGUCAUUCUUUCUGCUAUCUCUUUCUUUGCAUAUCUGAAAUUUGAGAAAUAUUUGCAGUGGUCUCUUAAGAAUUAUGUGCAUACACCCAAAGUUGUAAAGCCAAAGUUCUCUUCCUUUAUUCUCAAGUGGAAUAUUUAUAAGUGAAGGGGAAAUCUGAGGAAAACUGCUUUGAAAUGCAAUUGAAAUUACUACUGUCUAUAGUGAAGUUAAAAACAAACACAACUUACUUUUCAGCAUGUCCUGCAGACGAUAAGCCUCGUUUCUAUUACAACAAGGAAGGGGUGGUCCCAUUGUCUUAUUCUGAAAAUUAUUAACCGCUUUUAUGAGAAAUCUAAUGUGAUAGCAUUUUCAUACUGGAUCUUGUGUGUGCAUUCUGACCUAUAGCCAGUUCAUACCUUAAUGAAAUGGGUGUUGCAUUUACAUGGCUGCUUCCCAUGUUUUCGUGGUAAUGUAUGUAAUGGGAAAACUGUACUCCAAGUGGUUCUGACGUUGGAGGCAACAAUAGACACCUUCAGUGUGGUCUCACUGUUAACAUAUGGGGCAGCAACCACACUGAAGCAGUAAUUAUUAACUAGUGUCUGUUCUUUCUAAGGAACACAUAGAUAAUAGGUAAUUCUUUAUGACCACUACUCUUACAGUAAUUUGACAAUGCUCAGUAUCAGGAGUACACUUCUUAUCUCGAGUUUAUUAUUCACCCCAUGGAGAAAUACCAGUUCUAAUCAAGGCAAGAAAUUUGUAACCUCAAGGAGCAUUAAGAACCUUGCUGUUACCAGCAUGCCUGUGGUGGGAGAGGCCAUCUGACUUAAAGUGGGGAGCCUCUCUGCUUUCUCUAGUCAUGCCCUGAACCCCUUAGUCUUAGCCACCUUCUCUGGGAUGGGUAUUACUAAUACCAGCAUGUCACUUGUGAGUUGCAGACAGCAUUCUGUACCAGUUUGGUGCAAAGGAUCUUGGGGCAUGCCACAUUGAUUAUGUUGUCCCCAUACAGGUUAUGUUGCAGAUUUCGGAAAGGAGAACAGCAUCUUGGCAUACUCAUAUGGCUUUGCAUUAAAAUAUACUUGUACUUUCAUUAAAAGAAACAACGGGUUGUUCUAGGUUUGAGUAAAGCCUAUUGAUCUAUUAACCUUUUAAUGUUUAUUGCAGGUUAUGAUAAAAACAGGGUGCCUUCAAAGAGUUGCUUACCUUUAGACUAUUGAUGGGAAAGCGCAAGUGAACUUGCACAGCUGUCAGUGACGUUGUCCUUGGCUGACCUGCUGUUUUGUACUACUUUGUUUUCCUUGCCACGUAGGGUUUCUGUUUGUCCGUUGGCUCAUGAUGUGACUUGCAGAUGCUGUGUAGCUACGUUGAGAAUCUGAGUUUAGUUCUCUGACAUUGGCAUAUAGAAUCAUAGAAUCAUAGAGUUGGAAGAGACCACAAGGGCCAUCGAGUCCAACCCCCUGCCAAGCAGGAAACACCAUCAGAGCACUCCUGACAUAUGGUUGUCAAGCCUCUGCUGAAAGACCUCCAAAGAAGGAGACUCCACCACAUUCCUUGGCAGCAAAUUCCACUGUCGAACAGCUCUUACUGUCAGGAAGUUCUUCCUAAUGUUUAGGUGGAAUCUUCUUUCUUGUAGUUUGGAUCCAUUGCUCCGUGUCCGCUUCUCUGGAGCAGCAGAAAACAACCUUUCUCCCUCCUCUAUGUGACAUCCUUUUAUAUAUUUGAACAUGGCUAUCAUAUCACCCCUUAACCUCCUCUUCUCCAGGCUAAACAUGCCCAGCUCCCUUAGCCAUUCCUCAUAAGGCAUCGUUUCCAGGCCUUUGACCAUUUUGGUUGCCCUCCUCUGGACACGUUCCAGUUUGUCAGUGUCCUUCUUGAACUGUGGUGCCCAGAACUGGACACAGUACUCCAGGUGAGGUCUGACCAGAGCAGAAUACAGUGGCACUAUUACUUCCCUUGAUCUAGAUGCUAUACUCCUAUUGAUGAGGCCCAGAAUUGCAUUGGCUUUUUUAGCUGCCGUGUCACACUGUUGGCUCAUGUCAAGUUUGUGGUCAACCAAGACUCCUAGAUCCUUUUCACAUGUACUGCUCUCAAGCCAGGUGUCACCCAUCUUGUAUUUGUGCCUCUCAUUUUUUUGCCCAAGUGCAAUACUUUACAUUUCUCCCUGUUAAAAUUCAUCUGGUUUGUUUUGGCCCAGUUCUCUAAUCUGUCAAGGUCGUUUUGAAGUGUGAUCCUGUCCUCUGGGGUGUUAGCCACCCCUCCCAGUUUGGUGUCAUCUGCAAAUUUGAUCAGGAUGCCCUUGAGUCCAUCAUCCAAGUCAUUGAUAAAGAUGUUGAAUAAGACCGGGCCCAAGACAGAACCCUGUGGCACCCCACUAGUCACUCUUCUCCAGGAUGAAGAGGAACCAUUGAUGAGCACCCUUUGGGUUCGGUCAGUCAGCCAGUUACAAAUCCACUGAGUGGUAGCAUAGUCAAGACCGCAUUUUACCAGCUAUAAUGUGCUUCAUUCCAGAAAAGCACACACAAUAUUUCUAGAGUUCCAAGCCAUAGAUUAGUUUCCAGUAACUCUCUAUUCAUUUUCCUUCUCUAGCUUGUGCAAGCCUUUUCAGGCUGCAUUCUUCUCUACUGUGUUUCUUUGUAGUCAUGGUAGUACCUCUUUUGGGGGAAGCGUUGUGCUUUUUCUUGGAUACUUUGUCCAUCUUUCAUCCCAACCCACUCAGCUCUCACCUGUGGCUUCUAUAGGCUGUUAGCAUAUGACAGUGGUCAAACACCAGGAAUCGGUUCAACUAGCCGGCUAAGUCAGGUGAGGGUAGCUGAUGGGUCUUAAACCCUUGAUGAGUUAGAGCAGCAGUUCUCAACCUGUGGGUCCCCAGAUGUUUUUGGACUACAACUCCCAUCAUCCCUGAGCUCUGGCCUUGCUAGCUAGGGGUGAUGGGAGUUGUAGUUCAACAACAUCUGGGGACCACUAGGUUGAGAAAGGCUGAGUUAGAGACUUCCCUUGCAUUUGAAGACAGGCUCCAGUGGAUUGAGCAGAUGAGACCAAUAGUGGGGCCAGUGGAAGAAGGCGGUCUUCACAUUCUGUAGAGGAAAGUGAGGGGCAGAUGGGGCUUGUCCACCUGGGAAGAUAGCCCAUUUGGAGAAGAAAACACUAAUUCAGAGUGGAGUCCCUAAGACAGUGGGAUGGUCCUGUGUACACCUUCUGGAAAAUGCUGCAGCAAGGCUGGUGCCAAAUGUGUUGCUCUUUGGACCACAUCAACGAGGCUGAGGGCAGGGGUCUUGUCAUUUGGGCAGCUGAGAACCUCCAUACACACUGGCCAGGCUUGUGCCCCAGAGAGGUCACUUGGGUGCUGCUAACACAGUGGUUUCACUUCAUUCUCAGAGGCGCACUCCAUUGUCUCUCGAGACAGGUGGAUGCCAACAACAUUGCUCCUUCUCCCAUUUUAUUUCUUUCUAGUUAAAGGCUUCUAGUUCUUAGAAUGUGCCUUAGUAAAUGUGAUCACCUUCCUCAUACUUGUGAUCAGGCUACAUCCAUCUUUGAUCUUAUCCAAUUAUUUUUAUUUUCCUUUUAGCUAGUUCACUUUAUGCCACACUUGGCUGAGGACCACAGCCUUAACAAGUGACAUGAAGGUGGGAAAACUUCUGGCAAAAUUAACCAGAACUUCCCACCCUAGGAUAUUAGGAUUUUGAUACUAUGUUCAACUUAUACGUUUAAACUAUUUCUAGACUGGCAGUUAUUUAACAUUGUUUUAAAACAGUAUCAAAAUAUACAAAACCAAUAUAAACAUAGCCAUUGCGUUGCCACUAAACGAAACAUGCUAUUUCCCCAUGAAAAUACUAAAACAUUUUCUACCAUCUACUCUGCUUUUUUCUAAAUGGUGCUUGUAUUAUUUUAGGGGUACUGAAUGUCAGGCCUGGGGUUUAAAUGCAGCCCUCCAGGCCUUUCUGUGCAUCUCUUGGCAAUCUCCCUAGACCAUACUCCUCACUUGCCCUGCUCAGCAACCUCCUCAGGUGUUUUUGCCUGGUUUGAUUGUGUCUUUGAACUGUGACAAGGCCUCUUUUUUGUUUUGCUGAAGAGAGGUGGUGUUUUUGUGCAGAAACACCCAACUUUCGUAUGAUUCAACUGUUGCUCUGACCGCGCCCACCACAGUUGUGCAACCUCUUGAAAGUUGCCCUUGAGAAGGCUUCCUCAAACUCUGCCCUCCAGGUGUUUUUGGCCUACAACUCCCAUGAUCCCUAGCUAGCAGGACCAGUGGUCAGGGAUGAUGGGAACUGUAGUCUCAAAACAUCUGGAGGGCCGAGUUUGAGGAAGCCUGUCCUUGAGGAAAUGUGGCUCUCCACUUCUGCAUUAUUUGAAUGCAUUAUUGGUCUUUUCCUAUUGUUUGAGUCCUUGUUGCCCUGAAUUUUGCAAACACUGCAGGCACUUAGAUCAGCAGAAUGUAAUAACGGAUCCAAAACUGCAGGGAAUCUUCUGAUUUUCCUAGCCCAAGGUCAGUGACUGGAUACCUAAAUCUACAGGGAGAAAGCAGUUCCUUGGCAGUGGAGUGAAAUGGCACAGUAAUGGACUUCACCCUGUUCUCUAAUGGAAUACAGUGGUACCUCUGUUUGCGAACGGGAUCUGUUCCGGAGGCCUGUUCGCAACAUGAAAAGAGCGCAACCCGCAGCGGCGUGUCUGCGGACGCGCGGGUUGCGAUUUGCCGCUUCUGCGCAUGAUGUCAUUUUGCGCGUCUGUGCAUGCGCGAGCGGCGAAACCCGGAAGUAACCCUUUCCAGUACUUCCGGGUCGCCGUGGGACGUAACCUGAAAGAACGUAACAUGAAGUGGACGUAACAUAAGGUAUGACUGUAGUUCUAGUUUUCUAGAUCUGAUGCUAUAUAAAAGCUUCAUUAAGCACAAAACUUUGGCAUCAGUUUGGAGGGAAACCAAAAUUCUGGGGUUAUAAGUUAAUGAAGCUGCUAUAAAAUACAUAGCUUUCUAAUGUCUCAUGUACUAAAGUCUUCAGAAGGGCUAGAUGUUCAGUAUGGAUCAGGGGCAUGUUGGGUUAAAAGAUAGCCAUCGUUGUUGGUAGCAGAAUUGUAAUCAAUAUACGUAUUUACAUAUAUUAACAGAGAUUGGACAUUUUGCUUCUUACAGAUAUGAAAUCUGUUCUGUUUCAUAUUCCUGACUGUCUGCUUUUUUUGGUAUGUUGUGUUUUGUUACAGGUCAGUAAAAAAUAACUAAUACUGCUAUUAGCAGUACUGUAACUACUUCUCUUUAAAUCAUUUUUACUUGAUACUGCAACACAUAUUGAAUUGCUCCUUUGAUCAGCUGAGACAGUGGAAUAGUUACAUCCAUUCCUUCUGAGAACACAUUGUGCUAGUUUCCCCUAAAGCAUAUUGGUAUGACUACAGAGGAAAUCAUUCAGAUGUAGCACAGAUGCUGUUGGCAUUGAGAACUUGGGAGAACUAUGCUAAAUGGAGAGAUUGUCUCAAGCCGUGUGUGUGUGUGUGUGUGUGUGUGUGUGUUGUGUAGUGUUUGUGUGUGUAAAUCUUUACUCUUCCUUUAGCAAAGCCUGGCCAAGGGUACUUUGCCAAAUGACACGCCGGCAACCCAAAUAAAAGCUUCCUCAUCUUUUCGUUUGCGUAAUUUUGUAAAGCUUUGCUUUCCUGCAGUAGUGAUCUGCAUUUCCCCCCCACCCUAAACGCACAUGCUCUGUAGUGCCGUGCCCUUUCACCCACUUUUCUGAGCAAACAUGUGACUGCUUUAGAAAUGUGGAGGCGGGGAAAAGUGCUGUACAGCAGACUAUUUAAAAAAUCUCAUUUAGAAAGCGGGAGAAUAAUCUUAAAAGAGAAAUGAUAGUUCAGGGUUUGUUUAAUACUCAGCUGUCUGCUUAUAAUACUAAAUAAUAUUUUAUUAUUUAAGGGAGGGAAACUACAAACUCAUGUAAGUGAAGUGUUAGUGACACUGCUAGGGCUGAAGGCUUAUCCAUACUUACCUUUGCCCUGUACUGUUCUUUCCAGGCACAGGUCUGUACUUUAAAGCUACUGUAUGUGUCUGAGCGGGUUCUUUUUUCCACCCUGGAGCUUCCCCUGCAAAAACCCACUCUUUAAAGCUGAAGCACAACAAACAACAAUUUGGGUUUUGCACAGAUUGCCAUUUGCUCCGAUUCAGCGGUAAAGUGUGGGUUUUCUCUAGGAAAGCUACAGAGCACAGUGCGGAUAAGCCCACUGCCAUAUCCUUUAAAUUUCAUUUGUUUUAGGCUUCAUCAGAGUAGCAUUUUGACCUCUCAUAUUUGUCCAUGAGUGCAGAGCAGUGGUUCCCAAUUUGCGAAAUACUGUGGAUGCCCUGUUUUCCAAAAGCCAAGCUAUGGACUCCCUACUUGUGAGAAUUUUGAUAUCUCUGUAGUAGUUUUCGUUAUGUGAAUUGUGCAGUGGAACCUCUGGGUGGGUUACGUAGAAUCCCUGGGGGUGUGUGGACCUUAAGUUGAUAAUAACUGGUGCAGAGAAAUAAUACAGUGGUACCUCGGGUUACAUACGCUUCAGGUUACAUACGCUUCAGGUUACAGACUCCGCUAACCCAGAAAUAUUAUCUCGGGUUAAGAACUUUGCUUCAGGGUGAGAACAGAAAUCGUGCAGUGGUGGCGCAGCAGCAGGAGGCCCCGUUAGCUAAAGUGGUGCUUCAGGUUAAGAACAGUUUCAGGUUAAGAACGGACCUCUGGAACGAAUUAAGUUCUUAACCCGAGGAACCACUGUAUUGAGUGAGCAUUUUCUUUGGGAAUUCAUGUGGUGGAAAGGAAAAAGCAUUCAGUUUUAAAAUUUAGACGGGGGGGGGGGGAGCUAGUUUUCAACAUCAGUGUCUGAGACCCUAGUUUUCUCUUUACAUGAAAUACAAUUAACUCUAAUUUUCAUGCAACUAUUCAUAUAUCUUGCCUAGAAUUCAUUGCUUAAGAAGUUAGAAAUGAGAAUCAAACCAGCCACUAAGAACACAGGAAGCUGCUUCAUAGCAGAUCAGAAUAUUUGCCCAUCUAGAGCAAUUUUGCCUACUCAUGAAGCAGCUCUUGAAGAUUUUGGACAGACGUUUUGCAAUCAACUGCUACUGGAUAAUUUUAACUGGAGAUCCUAGUUUUGCAUGCAAAGCCACAAGCUCUGCUACAAAGCUCUGGGCCCUCCUCCACCGGGGAAGGAAGCAGCUCUCAUUCUGCCAGUGAACAAUAAUGUUGUCACAGAUCUUGUUAAGAGCCUGAUGUAGAAAUGGAAGCUUCCAUUUAAACUUGUAUCAUGCUUGACUACUGCAAAGAAUGUUGAAGUCCUGUAUUCAUUAUAAGAGGAGGUGUUUAGUCCCCAACUAUUUUUCAUUUGUUUCAUUUGCCCAGUGGCAUAUACAUGCGCUUCCAGGGUUAACACUGACAGCAAAUAUGAUAAAGUUGUCUUCUGCACCGUCAUUUCAUUCUUGUGUCUUCCUUUUAAAGCCAAUCUUCCCAUAAUCCUCUGUCACUCUUUCCUGGCUAUAUACUAGUCCCAUCCCCAACCUGUGACUUGGUCUGUGGCUAAUGUUGUAUUGCUACAUGAAGAUCAGCUUUAUCUACGCACAUUUGUUUUAAAUAAAGCUGUAGGUCAGUUGUGGGAAGCCUUUAGCACAUGUUGUUGGACUACAACUCCCAACGUGCCUCACCAUUGGCCAUACUGAGUGGGUCUGAUGGGGAGCUGGAAGUCCAAAAUCAUCUAGAGGCCUACAGGUUUCCUUACCCCUGCUUUAGGUCAUAGUGUACCAAAGAAGAGAAUGAGAUAUAAAUCAGGUGGCCCUUCCUCAGCCAUGAAUGUGCUUAUGGAUUUUGACAAGCAGCUAUCUUUUCAGCAGCUUACAAUAUAUCAUCGAAACGUUUAUGCUUUAUUCUCCUAUGUGAGGAACCCAGUUUCUUUCCACUAUGCAAGAUUUACCGGUACAUAGCAAUUCCAGUGCUGAUUGAGCCAUCAAUCCUGCCCAAAGGGCUGUCGGCCUCAUCAAAAUAUAUUUUAAAGCAUUGUAUUCAAUUAAACGUUAAUUUAUCUCUUUUUUUAAAAAGAGUAUUCAUUUUAUUGUGGCAAAACUUAAUCCAGUUAUGGUUUGGAUGGAUUGGGAAAUGGGGAGAGAGGAGCUGGGCUGUUGUUGGGCAGUGAACCAAACUGCCAAAUUUGCUCUAAAAGAACUCUGCUUGUUAAUGGAAGUGGAUGUUCUAAGUAUUUGUUACACUGGAGUAAUAGGGUGUUAAAUCUGUAUAUGAAAAACAGUUGCUUAAAAGCUUUACUUGAAAUCUUUCCUGUGGGUUUAUGACCAUCAAUAAUAUCUUGGUUCUGGCAAGCAAUGUCUGGCUUCACUAUAGCACUUGUUCUUAAUGAGAGAAUGUGAUUACUCCAGAGCACAGACUUCUUGUUAGUUGCCUUGUUGAAGUUAUUGUGGGCACUCAUGCAUGAUGAGGCAUAUCUAGGCUAAGAUAUGACUGAGCCUUUUGGCCACACACAUAACCAAGCUGUGAAAGGUGGAAAAUGUACCAUUAACUAUGUCUUACUAUCUUGGUCUGCUCCAAAUCUGUUAAAUCAAAGUUUCCCAGUUCCAACAAAACUGGAAACUUUAGUUAAUGGUAGACUAGCCAACAUUUUUGCUUACAUGUACAAAGGCUGUGUGCAUGACCAAAAGGCUCACCCAUAGUUUGGCUUAUUGGUGGAGGUAUAAAUGACUGAAUGCUGCCUAAUGAUGUGGACUGGAGUAGCACUCAAACAGUAUUUGAUACCUUCAGUAAACAAAGAUGAUGAUUACUCGCCUUUACAAAUUUGCAGUAGAUAUCAUAUUCUUGGCUUCUAAUUCUCUCAUGCAAAUUAAGUAGCUACUAAUAAACAUUUUUUUGUUUUUCUGUUUGCCAGGUAA